UGUGUUCCUGCAUUUGGCUAGGCUGGAAGAGAGGCUUGACUCAGCUGUGCUGAACUCAAAGUUAUGCCCUUGUGGGAAGCCCUAUUAACCUAAUGAGGAGACAAGAUCUGUUGGCGUGUUAAUGCUGUGAACCCUUCCAUCCUAGGUUGUAUAUGUGUGUAUAUUAAGCCAUAUGUCAUAAUGGUACCACGGUCCCCAUUAGCAAGGGAACCAAAUUCUAGAUAUAUGCAGGCAUCCCUGAAGACUCUCACCACUUGGAGUGUGUGCAAAACACUUCUAGUCUUCAUAGUUUCAGAGAAGGAUUUUGAAAAUGUUGUUUUGGGUCAUCUGAAAAGCAUAGUCACAUUUGGGGAGGGGAAGUAUUCCUAAAUAUUUAUUACAAUUUCUAUGGCUAUUUGUGGUGUUGAAAAAUAUUUGGCAUUUGCUAUAGUACAGACUUUGAAAACUGCUUCUUCCAGCACAGUUAUGUAGCUACUAUAGCAAUAAUUGCCAGAGACCUAGGCAAAUCAAAUGUUUUAAUCUGACUGAAGGUGGUGUGAGCCAGAUGAAAAUGUUCCAGUGACUGAGCCUUUUUGAAACAAGACGUUUCCCUUGGAAUGGUUACAUGAUGUUAAUUCGUAGUUAUUAUUCUCUAUGUGUCAUUCACCCUACUGCUGUGGAUGAGGAACUGGUGUUUAAGGAACUUCAGUUAAUGAGUAAAAAGAGUUUUCUGCUUAGGUUUGGUUGUGCCAAAAAGCAAGGCACAAAACAGAAAAAGAAAAAGAAAAAGGAAUGCAUUCACGGGCCAAAUAUCUCUUAGAGCUAAGAUUGUGACUUAACAGAAGAAACAGUGUAAAAAAACCCACAACCCACAACAAGAUGAAGAUCAGGGUGUCUAAGCAUAUGUUCUUCUUGGUAUGCAGUCUUUAUUAUGUCGUAUUUGAGCAAAUUCCAGACAUAUCCCUUCAUUGCCACUCUGCACAGCCUUCUGCACGUGUGGCCAUUAACCACCAUUCUACUCAGUGAAGCACCCCCCUUGCUCUUUCAGCGAGACCUAAGGAAUGGCAUGGGAAAUACUCACAUUACACUGGAGUUUUGUGCAGCAAAUACAUAAAGUGGAGACAUCAUCCAGGCUUAUGCCUGCAUAUGGGAACUGGAAUCAUGACUGGGUCAUGGUUUCCAUAAGCAUGUACAGUGGCACCUUGGUUCUCGAACUUAAUCCAUUCUCGGAGUCCGUUCGACUCCCAAAACAGUUCGAAAACCAAGGUGCAGCUUCCAAUUGCUUGCAGGAGCUUCCUGCACUCAAACGGAAGCCGCAUCGGACGUUCAGCUUCCAAAAAAUGUUCGCAAACUGGAACACUUACCUCUGGGUUUGCGGUGUUCGGGAGCCAAAGCGUACGAAUACCAAAGCGUUCAAGAUCCAAGGUACGACUGUAGAGAGGUGUUUAAAGAUAAAUGUAUACAACGCUUUUCCCCCCAAGGGGUGCUCAAGGGUACACAGUACCAGCACCUCUUUUGUUGUUGUUAAAAAGUGCGACGCUUACUGUAACAACUUCAUGGUGAGUACUGGCCCCUAUUUUUCUAGAAAAAAAGCACUGCAUGUAUAUCUUUUUUAAUUAAAUUUAUAUACUGCCCUUCAUCCGAAGAUCUCAGGGUGGUUCACAGUAUAAAAAUACAGGAUAAAAGUGCAAAUAAAUAAUUAGAACAAAACCAAUCACCACCCACUCCCACAAACAGGUUUAAAAGGCUGUACAAUAUUAAUCAGCCAAAGGCCUGGUUGAAGAGGAAUAUUUUUGCCUGUAGCCUAAAGGUAUUGUCAGGGCUGCCUCAGGUCUCAGCUCACAAAAGACCAACGCCAAUCUCUUCUUAUAUACAAAAGUGUUUAUUGCAGUUCAUUGUUUGCUUCACAUCCAAGGCGCGCAGCCCCACGUCUGUUACGCUUAGACCGUUGAAGUCCCCUCUGAGUCAGUCCCUCCCCUGCACCAGUUUAAGAGGCUUGCGCUGCUCCACCUCUUCCUCUCUUUCCUUUUCCGCAGGGUCUUCCUGCCCACUGGGGUUUCGCCCUCCUGGAUUCCCCUGACGCGGAAUCCCCAGACUGCUCUUCCCCCUCCUGCGGGCUUUGGGACCUGGCUCUUCCUCCGGGCUCCCUGUACUUCCGCGCGCCUCUACAUUUGAACUUGCGCGCGCGCCCAACCUCUAACCUUCCUUUUGACAGUUACACUACUCCCUUCACUACUUCCCUCCCCUUCCGGGAGGGUGACUUGCUCCGACCUCCCUCCCUGCUCUGCUGCCGGAGCAGCUUCCCCUGAUACACUGGAACCUCCACCCCCUUCGCUGCACUCUGGCGGGGAGGCUGGUCCUGACGCCCAGCUGCCACUUUGGGAUCCCCCGCUGGCCCCCUGUUCCUGACACGUCCCCCCUGGGGCUCCCCUGGCCUUGACCACCGGCGCCCCCUUCUGGGAAUCCUCUGAUUCGCUGGAAAGACUCAUGGAAUCUCUUGAGUCAUUGUCAUCCUCUUCCUCGCUGUCCUGGGAUUCAUCCCCAUCGCUCUCCAUCUCCUGCCUACCCUGUGCCUCUGUCCCUGAACCCCUGACAGGUAUGUAAUAAAGAUGCUAGACGAUCCCACAUUUUCUGCAGGAAACAGUAGUGUAACCCUGGUGUUUCUCACCGAAAGCCUAACAAAAAGUGUUGCCCAUUCUUUUGGGUAAAUAUAGUUCGGAAUUGCCUAGUAUAUGCUAAGUGUUUUACUGUCUUUGCCAUCACAUCAGUCCUGUGAUUGAUUUCCUAUAUACUAAGAGUGAACUAAUUAUCCAUUUGUGAAUUAGCACAACUCUGAUGUCAUGUAAUGUGAAUUGGCUCUCUCUCUCUCUUUUUUUUAAUAAUUUUUAUUAACAGGCCAAUCACAUCACAUUAUCCAAAUCACAUUAGUUCCAAAUUAUACAGCCAAAUUUUAAAUUUUGUUGGGGGUACCCAUACAUCAAGCUCCGAACGAGUCCAAAACUCCGAACGAGUCCAAACAUCACUUAUAUUACUGCUUUAAUUAAACAGUUCUAUCCAGUUCAAUGCAGAUAGUCCUUUAUUACUUUCUUCAUCUUCUUGUUGUUAUCGUAUAUUCCUUUCUUUGCGAUCUCUGAUAAUUUUCACAAGCAGAUUGAAAACAGACAUCCUCUGUGUGGGUUUUGUACUCUCCAAAGAUCAUAUCACUCAGGGACAGCCUCUGUUCAAUGCUUCCAUAAAAAAACUGAAUCUUCAGUCUGUCCUUUACUUUUCUCAGGCUUGCCAAAUAAAUCAGGAGGCUCUGUCAGGUCAAGAUUGCGUUCCAACAUUCCUUCUCUUUCCAAUGGUCCUGAUUCUCCUCCCCCUGUCCUUCUUUCUCCGGCAAGCCUGUCUUGGCGAGAUGCCAUUUUUUAACUGCGUCAUAAAAAUUUUCCUCUUUCUCACCGUUCACCAAUCCUCUCUCCUGUUAUAAUCCAUCCCACACAGUUCUUGAAUUCCUGCUUGUGAUUAGUAAAAACGCAACGAUCUUAUUUCUAUCUGGGGUGAAGGGUUAUUAAUAUCACAUCGUGCAAAGAAAAAAAGUUUUUUCCUCCACCCCCCCUUCAUUCCAAACAUACAGUCUCUUAAUGGUGAUUCAUCAGAAGAUUUACUUAUCCGUCCGUCACUCCUGGUCACAGAGAUCCAUUAAUCAGCAGUCUUAUCUCUCAAACGUUACUUGAUGUAUGUGCUUCAGCUUCAUUCCAAUCGUAUGUUUCCAAUUAUAAUUCCGAGCUGAAGCUAACCAGCGCGCGCUGAUUGGAAUCGGCGUCAGGAAGAUCUGACUUCAUCGAGGGCUCGUGCCAAGUGUUCGGCACCCCCAUCUCUCGGAUCAGGGGGUGCAUUGUGAACACCGCUGGCAAGGCAGCCCCCCCACCUCCUGGGGGGGUAGGAAGACUGCAUACUUCCCAUAGCAGCCCCUUAAUUACCUUGUAUGGGUCAGAGAGAUGUUAUUGUCGGCCAUCUUCCAACACGCCACCUGGUGGCCCCCGUGAAUUGGCUCUCAGAUGCAAAUCAGUGUCUUGAUUUGGAUUGAUUUUUUUUCUCAGUGUAAGAAAUAGACUUACUGUAGGGUUACCAGACGUCCUCGAUUCCUGGGGACAGCCCCCGGAUUUGCAAAUCUGUCUCCGGACAAAUUCCGUCCCCGGAAUGUCCCCAGAUUUGCAAAUCUGUCCCUGGGAAAUGUAGUAGAGCCAGCCUGGUAGCACAGUUGGCUCUGGCUGGCUUCAGGAGCUGCUUGAUGCUUGCUACCGUGGCACCCGCCAUUUUUCCUUGCCGGAAGUCCCCAUAUGAUGUGUUGCGCACAAGACACAUCAUAUGGGGACUUCCGGGAGGCAAACUGGUGGGCGCCACGGCAGUGAGCAGCAAGCGGCUCCUGAAGCCAGCCAGAGCCAACUGCGCUACCAAGCUGGCUCUGGACUACUGACUGCCACUGCCACCACCACUGCUGAAGGGGAACCGGGGACGUCCAGCGGUAUAGCUCUCCUGCCCCCUUCCCCCUUUAUAUUGACCUGGGGGGGGGAGAGCCCCCAGAUUCAUUGAAAAAAAUCUGGUAACCAUACUGAAAACACACAAUUAUAAUAAAAGCCAUUAUGUACUUAUCAGAGUUUAGCUUUUUAAACUCUCCUCACUUGCCGAAGAGCAGGUGAUCUCUGUAGCGGAUCUUGUAAUAAGCAGCUUCAAGCUGGGGCAGGCCAAUGGGCAAGUGACAAAGCAGAAUAAAGUGUGUGAAGGGCUCAAGACGCAACAUCUUGUUUUUAUUUGGUUCUCUUUUGAGUCAUUAACAGUCAGGCGCCAGUAGUGCUCAAACUUAUCAUUAUUACAACCACAAAUGGGCUUUGUGUGUAAAAGGAAGAUUUCAUCCUUUUAGCUGGUCUUAAGAGAGAGUAAACCCUCACAGAAGCAACAAAAUAUAUUUUGGGCCAAAAGAUUUAGAGAAAAGAAGGACCACAGAAAUACCCACAGAAAUUCCAAAUGUAGCUUUUAAACCUACAUGCAAAACAGCAUGUAUAAGUGAGUGGUCCAUAUAAUGGCAGAUGAAAUAGCAAUAUAUUGAAAAGAGCAAACUAAUUAACUGUUACUAAGCCUAAGCACAUGUAACUUUAACCAUCACACAAAGCUUCCUUGUUUACUCCUGCCUCUGCUACCCUCCCCUUCCUCUGUUGUUCCCGUCUCUAAUUUUGGAUCGCAAAUUCCUUGGGACAGAGACAUGAAAAGCACCAUACUCACAGACAGAGCUAAAAAACAGCAACAAUAAAUAGUCUAGAACUGUGCUCUGCUGUUUUCAGUAACAGAGCAUGAAAUCCACACCAGACUCUAACAUCUUAUCCUCUUUAUUUGGUACUGGGAGCUGACCGUGCUGUGUGGAGUGACCGCCUUGGGUACUAUUGUGUCAUCUGUAUGGGUAAAAGCCCCUGCAGGUGUAGUUCUGCUGUUCAUGUAGUUUUAGAGAAUUGGGCUCUGAAGGUAAGGAAUUUAAAGUACUUUGAAUCUUAGAGAGAACUGUGGAAACUACUGUACUUAAAUUACUGAUCAAGAAGUAUUGCAUAUGAUCAAAUAGCUCCUCCAGGCACACAUUUUUUAGCAAACCAAAACAGUUAUCUCUUUUCAAUUUAUUGUAUCAGUUGUAGCCAUAUAACAGAACCAUUUAUAGUAUAUUGUUUAAAGUACAGAUCUGGGUGUCAUUUUUUGGAAGAAAUGUUUUGUUGUAUUGAAACCGAGAGGUAUAGAAUAGAGGUGUGGAAGGGUAGUCGAUUGUUUCAAAGCAAUGCUAAACUAGUACAUCAAUGCAAAUACCAGGGGGCAAAUAUACACACAACAGCAGGCAGUAACCUGUGUUGGCAUUUGAUAACUGGUUGCUCCAAGAAGUAGACAAGGGUAAACAUGUUAGUAAUGUCUCAAUUAGGAAAGAAAAUAAAGGCUUGAAUACUUCCUAAUAUUUGCUAUAAGACAUUAGGGAGGGACCUAGCUCAGUAGUAGAACCUCUGUUUUGCAUGUCACAGGUCGAAAUCCUGAGCAUCCCUAGGUAGAGCUGGAGAUUAUUGGGAGGGGGCAUGUUUCUAGAACUAAAGUGAAACUGUGAAGCUCCCUUGUUAUUUCUGCUAUUGCGUGCUGCAUGCUGUUUAAGUAAUCUAGUUACUUGAACAACAUGCACAGAGACUCUGUGCUGGUCAGCAGGUAAUGUCUUUUUCCACCUGCCUUGCCCCCACCCUUCAACCUUCAUAAGGGAGCUGUUUCCAGAGGAAGAACUGUGCGGGGAAAGAGACUCUGGCCUGAGGUGGUGGAUGGUCUCACCUGUGCUGGCCCACCUCUAGCCUGAGGAACCUUCAGAAGGGAGUUGCCAUGGGCAUCAUGUGUAUUUUAAUGAGCUGAAGAGUGAAAGAUUAUGAGUCAUGGGGGUGUGGAGAGUGCGUAUGAAAUUCAGUGCUUGCUUUAAUUUUUGGUUACUAUUUUGUUAAUGUCAAAUGGAAUUAUAUUUUUAUAAAUGCUGUAUUGAUUUGUUAAUCAUAUAAUAUGACGUGCUAUGAUUUUGAUUGUUCCACUGUUCAAUUAAAAUUAAAAAAAAAAUGUUUGACGGCUACUGCCGUCAUUCCAUCUACAUUUCAAAAGAAGGGGUCUGGUGAAGUAUUAUCUAAAGCAGGUAGUUAACCCUGGAUGCUUCUGCAGACGCCUUUAUUAAUAGCAAUCACAAACACACAAACAAGCAACCCACCCCAACCCUGAAAGGCCACUUGCUCGGGCACCUGGCUAAAGAGUGGUGCGGGGGAGCGCGAAGAGGGGGGGUUUCCGGGCGCGCCCUCCCCGCUCCUGUUCCUCUUCCUCCAAGGGGGAUCCUAGUUGCGAGGGAGCUUGUUUCUGGCCGGAGACAAUUUCCCUGGCCGCAGCGUCUGGUGUCCUAGAGACCGGUGUGGGGGAAAAAGAAGGGAGGAGGUUUGACAGGAUGCUGAACGCUGACCGCCUCUCCCCGUCGGGGCUCGAGUAUCUGGGUGAGGCUCCGGCGGGCGCGGCACGCGGAGCAGGUGGCCUCCGCUGCGCCUUCCCUGCAGCAACCGAGGGAGGAAGGGAGGGAGCGGCGCGGUCCAGGCAGGCGCUUCCCUGCACCCCUCCCUUCUGGAGGCUCUUCGGAUUUCUGCCCGCCCCGUUUUUCUCCUAACUGGGGUGGGUGGGGCAUUGGUCACCCCAAGACCCCCGAGCACAGGUUGGAAGGAAGACGGGGAUGAAUGGGGGGCCCGCCCCUCCUCCCGCUGCUCGGCGCGUCUUGGGUGGGGCAGGCGAUUUAAAGUCUCCCUAGCGUUUCCUCCUUUAUCUGAGGUGGGAGUCGGAUGGUUGCCAGUGGGGUUUCCAAUCUUGCUUUCAGUGUUUUUCAACCUGCGUCCAUUCAUUCUUGAAAGCAAAAGCCGACGUAGCCAGCAACACAAUGCUACUCGUCUUCCAUUUCAAACACCUGCAAAAAUCCUUUAGGCUUGUAAUGCAAAUACAGAAGGUGAUUUUCAUCUCCUUCUCCAGCCAGUUAAUAUUACCGGUGAAUGGGUUGGCCGGUGGAAGCGCUGUAGACACGUUUCAGUAUAACAUUGUCUAAAACGGGGGUGGGGGGCUGGAAUGACAGAACGUUGUUCACAAUGGGCCAGGAAUGGCUCUCUAUUAACCGCAUUGGGGCAUUUUUUUUCAUCCCUUAGGAAAAGGGAUGCCUUUGAUCAGGGUGGAACGAAGCUAAACUAAGCAACCUCUUGCAUCAAGUUAGGAUUCUUUAUAGUAAAAGACAAACAAACCCCAAGAAGUGUUCUAGCACUUUUGAGAUUAUAUAACAACAGUAUUUACGUAGCACUUUCUGGGUGCUCCAAAGUGUUUCGCAAUGUUUCACAUAUAUUAUCUCAGUAAUCUUUGCAACAACUGUAUUAUGGUUAUUAUAUUAUUUUCUGGAUGUGCUGCUGAGAGACAGUGACUUGCCUAAGACUAUCUAGUGAGUUUGUUGCUAAGGUAAGAUUUGAACUUGGUUUAAAUUUGUGUAGCACAAUCUAAAGUAAGUACUGUUGUGUUCUAUGGGGUUUGCUCCCAGAUAAGUGUGCCUUACAGCACAGUCCUAUGCAUUGCUAUUUUGAAGUGAACCCCACUGGAUUCAACAAGGUUUAUUCCGUAUGUAUAUAUAUAUAUCUUAAGAUCACAGCUUCCGCCUCCUCAGUCAUUUGGCACACUUCUUCUGUCCUUGAAAGUGCGUGUGAAAUGGGUAAGCAAUCGAAGAUAAAGUAUUUGCAGUACAAAAUAUGCCUAUGGAUAGCAGAGAUGUUAUACACAUGUAAUCCUGUAAUCUAAACUAGUGUUCAAAUAAAUUUUGGGAAAUUGUCUUCCAUGCUGAAUAGGCUCUCUCAUGACCUGUGGCUACCAAUGUCUGUCAUGGCUGCUGUGUUUCUUUAGGAAACUGCAUGUGUUGUGUGAUAUACUUUUACCUGAGUUGCAGAAUGCAACUUGAGUGAGCUAGGUGUUAGCGGCUACUGGAAGCAUCACACCAAACAAAAGAAUGAGAUUAAUGGAAGUAAGGGAAGAAGAGGAGAAGUUUGGAAGGACUGAUGUGGUCUACAGGCCUCCCACUGAGGGACUUAAUCCUGCUGGAACAUUGAGUUCAGAUACUAAAAAUUCUGUAUUUGUGAAGUCACCAUCAUUUUCCUGCUUCAAAAUAGCAUAGUUCCUCCUUUGAUUAUACCCAAUCCCAACAAUUAAAACUGGACUAUAGUAUACUGCAAAGAGGAAAGUGUGAGGUGUGUCUCUUAAACAUCUCUUUGAUCACAAUUGGCAUGUAGCCACCAUUUAUUUUUCUAUAUUCAAAGAACCCUUCCCACAAUGGCUUCCCUGCCAAGGAACUCCUGCACACUGCAGAGGAUUGAGCACAAUGAUCAAAAAGGUAUACUCCGCUCAUGUACGGUUUUGGCCAGGUCUUUGCUGAUCCUGCAUGGAACUGAGAAUGCUCUUAGGUUAGAACAAGUCCAAUAUUCCCCUGCGAUUACAACCUGCAGGAGCAGAUUGGCAAUAGUGUGCAAGCUGUCUUCUAGGUAAAAUUGUUUGUCCUUGCUGAACUUUUCAUUGAGGAACUCCCGAUAAGCUCCUUAUCAGGAGAUAACCCCGUGGUUUUCCAGUAACACAAUUCAAAAUCUACUCAUUUAAGCAAAUAAGUAACAGCCCCAUAAGGAAAAGCCUUUCUUUGAAGACACUGGAUAAGCCAGUCUGUAGGAAAGCAUCAUCCAGCUCUGUUAUCUUCUUUAACUCAGUAUAAAACUGGCUAAUUUUAUUAGUUGAAUGCUCAUUAUCUUGCUCCAUCCAGUGGGGUUGGUCAUUGUUAUGCCACAUCUUAUGUGUGGGAAACAAAGGCUCAGAUGUUUUGAUUUGGCCAACCAAGAACUCUGUUGAGUGGACAUGCAAUUGAAGCCAAUUCCCUUACCCCCUAGUAUUUCAGAGCAAAUUUCUCAGCCAUCAUAUGAUGAUUCUGUGUGUUCAAUUUUUAAAAAGAAUGUACCCUUUUGUUUUAUUUAUAAUAUGUAUAUACCACCCAAUAAACAAAGCUUUUCAGAGCAGUUUACAAGUAAAAAUUAAGACCAAAAGUAUAAAACUAUGACAUAAAACACAAAUGUAAAACUAAAAACAAUAGGAGAAUAAAACCAGGGUGAAAAUAGUGUCAGAGGAAGGCUACAGUGCAAAAAAAGUAUCUAAGAAACAAUAAUUAUUACUUUUAUUAAGAUUGAAAAGCUUUAGAAAAUAAAAAGGUGCUAAAAGGACCACAACUUGGGCACCAGGCAAGCCUCUCCACCACUGAAAAUACAGCUUCUCUAGUAGUCGCCCACAUCAAGGGUGGGUGAUAGGAUGCUGCCUUAUAUUAGGUCAGAACAUUGGUCAAUCAAGCUCAGUGUCAGCAAAACUAUUAGCACUGGCUCUCCAGAGUUUCAGGCAGGGGACAUUUCCAGCCCAACCUGGAGAUGCUAGGGACUGAACACAAGACCUUUUGCAAAUAAAGUGCAUGUUCUACUACUGAGCUACUGGCCUUCCCCUCUUCAUCUGGCCAUGACACCUGGGAAGAUGAUCAUCAAGGGACCCCUGACCAUUAAGUCCAGUCGCGGACGAAUCUGGGGUUGCGGCGCGCAUCUCGCUUUAUUGGCUGAGGGAGCCGGCGUACAGCUUCCAGGUCAUGUGGCCAGCAUGACUAAGCCGCUUCUGGAGAACCAGAUCUUAGGGUCUUGUUAUGUGGGAGGAAACAAUAAUAAUUUCAUGUCAUUAUGUUGAAGUUCAGGCCUCCCAGCGAUACAAAUCUUGGCCUUUUGUCCCCUAAACUUGAAUAUCUGCUUUUAGUUCUCAAUUAUACAUUUAAAUCUAGGUCAUAAUCUAAUGGAUGGAUUUGAUCUACUUACCUAUUUAGCCCAUUCAUCCCUUUUACUUGUGCUCCUACAUUUAAAUUCAUACUUUUUUGGAAACAGUUUGAAAAAUCUGUUGACUUUUACCUGCCUUAAAUUUCUGUUCUGUAUGGAAUUUGGGAAGUUCAGUUCUCUCAAAAGUAGGCCGCUGCUGUAGUAAAAAAUAAGUUGGUUGUCCCGUCCCUGUGUUGUAUAGAUCAUGCUCAGGUAUGUUGUUUUUUAAAGAGUUACUUUAUUUCAGGGGUGUGGGGGAGCGCCUAUAUGAUUUUCACAAAAGCUGUUGACUAAGGGUUUGUUUGAUUAAUAUGAAUCCAGUAAAAGUAAGCAAUGUUUGGGAAAGUGCUUUUGAAUCUCUUUCGGCAUUGACCUGGGUUUGUUUAAAAAAAAUUCUUUGGAGAGAAUAGCAGCCUUUCUCCAGGUGCUUUAUUGUGUUUCUCAAGGCCUUGUUAAUAGAAUUAACUGGCUGUGAGACUACAGGUAAUUGUGAUUAGAGAAACCAAAUCAUGUUAAUCUCAUUCAGAAGUCUGUUUGUUGCCCCGGGCUGUGUAUCAGGUGUUCUUUGAAGAGACUCCAAGCUCAGCCUCCUCUCUCUUGGGAUGGGUGAAGUGUCUUGUAAGUCGUCCCCCUCCCCUCUACACACAUGAGAAGGAACUAAGCGAGCUGGGUCCUUUUAAACCCCCAUCCCAACCCUGUUGUAGUGAACACCCCCUGUGUCAGUUUGUGCUGCGAUAUUUUUCUGUUACACAUUCUGUGACAUAUUUUCAGGGACUAGAGAUCAAGGUUGUGCUUGGAGGUGCCUGGACUACAGAGGCACCUGGGUCUUGUCCAUACUUCUGCAUUAGAACCUCAUUCAUACCAAAUGGUACAAUAAUAGAGUUGGAAGGGACCUCCUGGAUCAUCUAGUCCAGGGGUUGGCAAGGCUUACCGGGCAUGGGCUGGAUCACUCCUGUGGAGAUCCUCCGUGGACCGGGUUGGCACAGCGCGACACCGGAAAUCACAUCUGUGCAUGUCCGCAGGGCUGGAAAUUGCUUCUGCACAUGCCCAGACGCCGAAAACUGCACCUGCGCAGAAGCGAUUUUUGGCGUCUGGGCAUACGCAGAAGCGAUUUCUGGAUACGAGGAAGAGAGUCCCUGCGUCGCGCUGCGCUGGUUUGGCGCAGUGCGCGGGGACUCACUGAGUGGGCGGCUUGGUUUGGGGGCUGCCCAUGGGCCAGUUAAGCGACCCUCAUGGGCCGCUUCCAGCCCAUGGGCCUUAGGUUGCCGGCCUCUGAUCUAGUCCAACUCUCUGCAGUGCAGGAAUAUGCAUCCAUACAGGGAUCAGACAUGUGACCUUGGCAUUAUCAGCAUCACGCUGUAACCAACUGAGCUAACAGAACAAGGCUGUCCUGUGUUUGGAUUUCAGUGUUCUCAUUUAUGCCAUUCAUGUUCAGUUGUUAAAGAGCAAGGGGCUUUAAAAAACCUGACUGCUUCCUAUUGGUAAUGCAAUUGCCCCCAUCAACUGCAUAGAUGUUUGGGGAGUGGUGCAACCUGUCCUGAACCUUUCUUCCUUACCCUUGUGUAUGGAGACUUCCAUCCUAUAUCAAAGCGUUGAAUCCCUGCCCCCAUGUAGUGAACAGAGCUGCCUUUAUUCAAAGUAUAAUGGACCCAGAAAGUUGAGUCUGUUAAAUAUGGGGAAAUAGUGGAUACUAGUUCAUUAGGGCAAAUGGGACUACUUCGCCAUUCCCAGUCUAGCCUCAGCCAGCCGGCACCUGCCUGCAUUCUUACUUGUGAGCAGUCUAACUUACAAGCAGCCUAGAGGUGGCACUGGCUGUCAGCUUGCUCCUCAGUGCUGCUUUGUAGAACUCAACAGAGAGGUGGAUGGGGACAAUACUAGAGAUAUGAAGGGUGCGGGAGAUUGGUAAAACCAGAAAAAAUGGGGGAGGGUAAACAGGCCUACCCCAAUUUUCUGUUCAUUUGUGUGUGUUUUUUAAAAAGUACCCCCCCAAAAAAAACCAAUUUGAUUAAAAAAUGGAUCUGUGCCUUCUCAUCUCUAGACAAAACUAGAAUUGGUAGGCUCCGUUUGUCAUUGGCUCUGGUUCCACCUACUGUUGGCCUCCAUUCCUUCAGCCUGGAUACCAUUCUCAAUGGGCCCAAGCCACCACUGAGGAAGAUUUACCAUAGAGAAGCAGAAACAACUUGUGAGGAAGGACCUAUAGGGGAUAAGCUGACUGCAGAAAAGGCAAAAAUAAUGUAAACUUAAAACAGGAUCAUUUUGAUAUGAAAGCAAUAGUUAAUAUGGAGUGACUAAAGAUGGGGUUGAAGAUGAGGAUAUCAACCCUUUUGGUAUGCUUAAAGUACAGUAUUUCAGCCACUUGUUAAAAUUCAGGAUGUUGCAGAGGAAGAAACAUUAACGAAAUUAAUGCUAGGUAUGAUUACUAAUGUCCUGCCUUUUGAAAUGCAUUUCAAGAAUGGAUUCAUUAAGAAAUGAAAUCAAUAUUUGUAAUCAUGCAAUAUUUGAAAACACAUAUAGCAACCAGCUAUCAUAAGAAAAUGGUAUUAACUUAAUAUGUCAAGAGGACCACUAAAAAAGUGGUUGCUAAAAACAAACAAACCAGCAGCUGGAAAGGGAAUAGCAUUAAACAAUACAAACCAAGGGGACACUACUAAAAACCUGCUGUGGUCAAUGUACUCUAAAUAUAGAACUUCAGUAAUCCUUACAACCAUUCUGUAUGGUAGCAGCCCAUCAAUAUCUCCCCGUUGUAGAUGUGGAGUUGAGGUGGAGCAGCUUGAAUGUAUGGCUGUUCCACGAGGAACUUUCCCAGUUCAAAGCUCUACCAUAUCUGAAUGUGCUUCAUAGCUUUGAUUUCUUGGUUCUUUUGAUGAAGUGCUGCCCUUUCAGUGAAGCGCUUUUCCAACUCCAGGUCUAAUGGAGGGCUUACUCUUCUCAGAGCGAUUUUGAAACUUUUAAUUAUUUCCUCUCUUGAGCUAAGUUCCUCUCUUUCCCCUCUCUACCAGAAUCCUUUCCCCCUUCAUCUUGUGCCAGCUGUGGACAUGUGAGAACAUGAGCCCCCUGCCAGGGAAGGUCUGUGUUUUGUAAAGCCUGGGACUGGUUGAUGCCAGAGUUGUGGCGUCUCUUACGAAAGGGAAGCGCUGUGGGGUGCAGCUGUUCUGCCAUUGCCAGUCAGAGAGCCCUUGACUCUCAGCGCAUGAAAACGAGCUCUUGGGGCACUGCAGAUGCGUUUGAUGCUUUCUUCUUUCUUCUAGCUAGCUGUUCCUUCUUUCAUGUUUGCCUGCCUGCUCUCCUGCCUUCGUACAUUUAACUAUUUGGUUGGCAAGGAGUUUAGAAAUAAUAAGUACUUUAGUGAAAGAAACAUAGUAAUUAAUAUUGCAUUCACAGUUAACGCUUAAAGAUUCUGCAUCGGCUCCAGACUAAGGCUGCAACUCUCUGCCCAAAUACCUUGGGCUAAUAGGUCUCAUUAAAAUCAGUGGGACUUACUUCUGAGUAAACAUGUAUAGGAUGUUAGUGCUGUAGGUUAGCUACACGUAGUUCCCAUUGAAAGUAGUGGGACUGGAGUUCUCACAUUGCUUUCAGUGGGUCCUAAAUGCAACUAACUUAGUUUGGAUUCAGUCCUCUUGAGUCGUAAGAGAAUAGGGGAAGGGGAAGGGGAAGAGCAUCUGCUUUACAUGCCAAAGGUCCCAGGUUCAAUUCCCAGCAUCUCUAGGUAGGGCUGGAAGAGACCCUGGAGUGCCAUUUCUGUACCAUUUUAGACAAUACUGAGCUUGGUAGGCCAGUGCAGCUCCCUAUGUUCCUGAUAUUUUAGACUGAAAAAAUGUGGGGAGACCCUGGGAUAAUGAUUUGAGUAGAAAAGGCAUGGGGAAAGUGUUAGCGCCUUGGUGCAGUGUACCAGUCCAAAAUGACAUGCGCAGCGCAAAAAACAGGGCCACUUAAAAAAAGAAAAGGGACAUCCCUGGCUUGUAUUGUCACAAUGUGUCACAGCCGUCAUAUACUGACUGGCAAGGUACACUUGAAGUCACUCAUCCUCCCAUCAUAGAGGAGAGCAACAUGCCAGUAUUUGAUUCUGAGCACACACAAAAAGGGUGUGUGAUACCAGGCUGCAUGAGGAUGGGCUAUCUGUAAAAGGUUGUGCAUUGGCAUUGCUUUGCUAGCUAAACACAGAAGUUUUUGUUUUCAGUUGAGCUCAAGACUGAGAAAUUCUUUUGUUCUUAAUUUAGAUUCCAUUUGACCCAUGUUGUCCUUAGUGGUAAAAUACUGCCAGAUUGUAUAGCCUCACAACACAUGUCCCAGAUCAGCAGCAUAUACCCUGCGUUGUAACACUAUCUGCUGAAUGACGUGCCAGACCAGCACAUUUGCCAAACAGUGUAGGAGCACCUCCCUGAGUUUCUGAAGAGCGAUACUGAGGUUAACAAAGUGUCAGAGUCACAAAACUCUGUAAAACGGAGAGGAUCGGUCCUGGCAGCAUACAAUAGUUGAGCUUUUGUUUGUCUUGGUUAUUUGCCGGUCUUGUCCUGGAUAAUCUAUAGGGCUGUCUGGUAUGAAUCUAAGACAUGAUUGGAAAGAAUCAGUUCAGUAGAAUAGAAUUUAUAAUUCUGCCUGUGUAUCUGGUGUCUUAAGUGAUGGUUAUGAACAAAAUGACCCUAGCAAUUUUUAGUAGGAGAUACUCAGAAAUUCACUCUCCUGUGUUUUGGUAUGACUUUGUGCUUUACAUGACAGAAUGUUUGACUGGAGGAGGCAAAAAUAUCAAAUUAUUACCAUUGAAACCCAUAGGUCUGCUCUGGAGGCAGUGCUUUAGGAAUUAUGACAUAAAGCCUCAAAAUCAAAAGACACACACACACACACACCACCACUACAGACACAAACACACAACCACUUGUUGGGGGAAACCAGUUUCCCUAAAGGACAUAUUUCCAAGCAAACAGACUGAACUAUAAAGUUUUAUAUUCUUUAAGAGCUGCAUCCCAGGUGUGUAUAUCUUUUGCCUCGUGGGACUUCUAACCAAAUUAAUCCCUCCAAUUCUGGGUUUAGCUUUCAAAACUUGUAACGCUAGCCAAAUCCCAGUGGAUGAAACAGGAAAUGGUGAAUCUGAUAAACUUGCACUGUGUCAAAUAUUUUUAGUGCUCUAAAAAUACAUGUUUUAGGACUUACUUACUCAGAAGCAAGUCGCAUUGCGGUCAGUGAGGCAUAUAACCAACAAAGGUUGGUCUUAUUAUGCAGCGCAGCUUGUUCCUGACUAUCAGCACCUUCAACUUUGCCAGCAUGGGAUCAGCUGCCAAGGCAAAACUGCCCUCACGUGCAUGUCUCUCUCACUCUCUUGGCUGACAGCUUGAAUAGUUCAGUGGACUGUAGCUAUUGUGGCAGGACAUGUUUUUAGAGUGUCAGCUAUAGUAGCCUGGCUACAGGCAUUUGAAGAUAAGGUCACAAACCUUGAAAAACGGCCCAAUUUAAAGGAAGAAAUCUGCACCGUGAAAAUGAAAGCAUUAUAAUAAAUGUGUGCUUAGCAGCCUACUGACCAGAGGGUAAUGUUCCACUAACCUCCAGACUCCUUGGGUUUAAAAAGCAGUUUUAAGAUUUUGGCAUAAAAACUGUGGAAUAUUAAAUGGAUAAGGUUGGGUUUUUUUUAAAGUUGUAUGCUCUGCUGCUGUUAUGCAGGCUUAAGCAAAACAACUGGGUUACAUGUGAUUGUCACAUAAAUGCACAAAAAUCAAGAUUUUCAUAGCUGAAAAAGUUUUUACAGCACAAUUAUUUAUUUCAUGUAUAAAUCAUUUCAUAUGAAGCAAUGCAAAGCAAUUUAACAAUAGAAUAAAACUUAUAAAACAAUUGCAUAUAUAGAAACAAUUAAAAGCUUUUAUAUAAAAGCAGUCAAAACAUUUAUCUAUGUAAACAGUUUCAAAUCCAAUACAGAUAUUGACAGAUAUAUUAAUAGCAGUAUUUAACACCCUGUGUGUAUACAGAGACACGUUUGGCGAGCAUAGUUUGGUGCUUUUGUGUGAUUGAAACCACCGUACCUCUGUAGACAGAACAUAGGAUUUUACAUCCAGUAACCCAGUUUGUGCCUGUGUUUUUGUUUGUUUGUGUCUGUUACGCUUGCUCAAAAAACACACUGCGGAACAGUCGCCGUCAAACUGUUACCUGAUUGGCAAUCAAAAUAUUAGUUUCAUGAAUCACUCUUGUCACCUUUAGGCACCAGGAAACAUGUAUCAAGAUGCUAGAGCCAAGUUAUUCUUUUAUUUGAAACAGCCAGCGAGUUUCUUCCUGAAAAUAUAUGCUUAAGUGGGAAAUGUAUCUGGUACAGUUUUUAUCUGCAACAUAAUUAAUAAAAUGUGCUUUGAAGAUAAUUACAGAUGAAGUUCUAAAUGUAGGACUUUUGCAGUAGCAGCUUUGAAAAGACUGAAAAAUGUUCUUAUGGCUAGGCUUUAACAAAAACCACUACCGGAAACAGGCUGAUAUAUGCAGUAGUACUGUUUGCUAUGUGAUACUGUUUUAAUCCUUUUAGAACUUAAUACGAGAGAUUUGAAUGGCCAUCCCUUGUCCAUUUCUGAAGCGGUUGUUCACCAUCUCUGACUUCUCUUUUUAGUGUUCUCUUGACAGCUCUUAAACUGUAAUCCUUCACCCAUAUUCCUGGAAGUAAGUCCCAUUAAAUUAAUGAGGCUUGCUUCUGAGUAGACACACGAUUCCACUUUAAGUAAAGUUGCAGCAAGAGCGGCAUGUGCUUAAGCUCCAGUUAUAACUGCUUCAUAAUCCUCAGCACUUUCUCCUGUUUUCUUACCGAGCAGCAUAACAGAAAGUGCUCAGACAUACAAUAGUGGAGUCCUAAUGUCUGUGAGGGAGAGACAGGGGAUAUGGCAAUAUGUAAUGGGCUUGCUGGCUUUAUUUUUACCCCCUCCCUGCAGCAUGUAAGCGUUUUGACCUCCCACUGGACUUGACAGCUUAUUGAGUGGGUAGGUUUUUUCCCCUUAAGGAAAAUGUCAGGAAAAUUAUGAUUACAAUUUUCAGUUCAUAGUUGGGUCUUCUUGUUUUACAUUUAAAGCUAGGGAGCACCCAUUACACGACAGUUGUUUCUUUGUAGUGUUUGCCCCUUUUUAGUAUGCUCUACCACAUUUGUAAGAGAGCUGAAAAAUAAUUUUUAAAGUUUUUUCGGCUAUGUUCAAAGCAAGAGGAAGAACAAGGUAGUAGUAGGUCCUUUACGUGGAGAAGAUUAAGAAAUGCUGUUGGGUGACAAGAGAGAAGGCAGAACUACUUACUUGGCCUUUGUCUUCACCCAGAAGAAAAGCAGUGCCCAACCUGGUGAUAACAGAAUAAACAGUGCAAGGAGAGGGCUACAGCCCAAGAAUUGGUCCCUCAGAUUUGCACAAAACCUUCAUUGACAACCCCCCUGGGCUUGCUGAUCAGAAGGUCAAAUCUGCGUAACGGGAUGAACUGUUGCUUUGUCCCAGUUUGUGCCAACCUAGCAGUUCGAAAGUCUACCAGUGUAAGUAGAUAAGUAGAUACCGCUGCAGCGGGAAGGUAAAUGGCAUUUCCGUGCACUCUGGCACUCGUCACGGUGUCCCGUGCGCCAGAAGCGGUUUAGUUAUGCUGGCCACAUGAUGCAGAAACGCUGUAUGCAGACUAACACUAGCUCCCUUGGCCUGAAAGCAGAGAUGAGUGCCACACCCCAUAGUUGAACUUGACUGAUGAGUGUCGCAACUGGACUUAACUGUCAGGGGUCCUUUACUUUUACCUUUUUAACCAUCCAGGGGUCUUUUACCUUUACUUGCUCCCCUACUCUCCAUUUUUCAAUUGCCUAAGGUAACCCAGUAGACCCUUUCCCUUUCCACCUCAUGCUGCUGCUUCCGCCUGAGGCAGAGAGUGGGAGAACCCCCAAAUCAGGUACCUCCGAACAUUAACAGAGUGCUCUUACCUGGAGAGAGGAAAGGCUUGAAAGGCACAAAGGAGAGAUAGAUCUCCCUCCCCUCUCCCUUUGGACCUUGCCAAGCCUCCCUUCCCCUUACCGCUUCUCCUGUGAGGAAGGGGAAAACUGCAGCAGAAGUAGGCUCAAAUUAGCCACAGAGGAACCCUCCCUCCCUUUAUGCAUUCUCCCAUGAAGGGAGGCUGACAGGCUACAUGAGCCACAAAGGAAGAGUCACUACAGAUUGGGUCAGCUGUUCAGCAACUAUCCUGCUCACAGGAGAAGGCUGAAAUGGCAUCGGCUGUGAGGUGAACAAUAGUGGCAGUGGACCAGGACAGUUGCUGAGGAACUGCCCUCGCCUGUCAUGACUGUUGCUCUGUGGCUUACUUUGGCCACACUGCCCUCAGACACUGCUGUGAAGGCCCCACAGCUCUCUGAAGGCUAUUGUCACACUGCAGUUCACAGUACCACCUGUGUGUGACCAAGCAAAGUGUAGAAUGAUGACACUCUUGUGUUUGUAUUAUAUGGCAAGAUAUUUUCUUUUGAGCCCUCAGGUUUAAACAAAACCAGAAAACUGCACAAGCAAAUUUACAGCUGCCCAAUUUGACUGUGUGCUUUUGCACAGCUGUUGGGUAGGGAAUUUGUUUCAUAACAAGGUGCACGCAUAGCUAUAUGUGGGCAUACCCUGUUGCUACUUAAUUAGCAUAAUAGAAUCAACAAAUUGAAAAGCAGGGGGAAAUACCUGUUGGUAUGAACAGGAAAGACCAAGGUUGUUCUUCAUAUACAAAUUCAAAUACAUGCAGCUGUGGACUGCUCUGGUCUAAUUCAAAUGGGGGAAAGCAGAUUAUUAGCUAAAAAAUUCUAAAAUGUGGACAAGCCCAGGGUAAGACAACAGACGGUCAGAUUUGGCUGUGUUAGAUGUUAAUCAGGUCACACUGGGACCUCUUGGGAAGCAAAUAUAUACAAUGGUUGUUUCCCUAUCUCUGUAAUUACAAAAAAACAACCCUUGCCAUUGGUAUUCCUGUUCACCAUCUAGUCUGAUGAUGAAUUCUGGAGACCUCAAAAGCCUUUACACAGUGCUGUGAUAUUUUCAAUUUCCAAAUAAAGGUAUUGCCCCAAGGUUGAUGUUUUUAUUGUGUCUUUUUUUCUCCUGGGGCAACACAGCUGCUUUUCUUUCUGCUUCAGCACUACUAGUACUGUACUGCAUUUGCCAUAAUGCCAAUCAUUAUUUGAUGUGCCUCCAUCUGCUUGGUUACUGAUUUACCUCGGAGCAACAGAACCAUUUGAUUCCUUUGGAUCCUGUGUGUUAGAACUUGAUUCUUAUCAGCUUCCCCUUGUCUGCCCACAGUGCGGUCAAAUGAUUUAACUUUCACAGGUGUGUGAUAAAAUGCUUGUUAGAACUCUGAUCAGAACACAGAUUAACUUUACUAAUACUAAAUUUAUUUCCUUUUUAAGAGCGAGAUUUGUGGUUAAAUGAGGCAAUGAAAAUAAAAUGUUACAAAUAACCAUGUCUCACUGAUAAGACCUAAGUGGUGAUUAUGAUAACUUUGUUGUCUGCUUCACCCACCACCCUUCCUGUUUUCUCUCACCUGACCUUUCUUGUAUAGAUAUCUAUGUUUGAAUAUGUUAUCUGCAUUGGUUGAUUAACUGUUUUAACCUUGUACCAUCUUACUUUAAAUGGACCACUUAUCUUUAAUAACCCCAUGAAAGGAUCAAAAAAAGUGGAGAAAGGGAAAGGGAAACUUCAAAAGAGGUGGAUAGAAGAAUUUCAGAGUUAAUUAAUUCUUCAAAACCUUCUAAAAAGAAGUGAAUUUGUUAUAACAUUUAGCUAAUAGAUGUGUUUGCUUGUCAUGAUCAGAAAUUGCAGCUGGCUGGGAGAUAUCUUCUAACACUGAAUGCUGUCAUUAUUACAGAAUUAUGAGACUGUGUUUUGUGAUAUAUAAACUUGUAAAUAUGGAUUGCGCAGUGUCAUCUUGUAGAUGCAGAUUACAAGGUGCUCAUUCCACACUUUAAGUGUGUGUGUGAACAGUUAACUUGUGUUCAGAUCUCUGGGCUUGGACACAGGACCAGACCAAAUGGGAAGAGCAUCUUCAAGACCAAAGUGUGGAGGGGGGAAAAAGCCCUCCCUGUUGUAAUUGGGUAAGAGGUUCUUAGGUGAGAGGUGAGGACUUUUUACUAGCAUGUUGCAUUUGGAUUUAAUGAGUGCCGUUGCUGGCUCAGACAAUUUCUGGGAGGAGAUCACUGAGCACAGCACUUGGGCACGCAGGGGAAAGGGAGGGAGGGAGGAGAAGAAAAUAACCUGGUUGCUGUUAACUUAGGAGUGUGACUGAGUUGCACGACUCGUUCCUCCCUGAGGCAUCACAGGUGCGUGGAGUUAUUUUUCUUUAAUCACUCACAUAAAUUAAAAAAUUUAUUCCUUUGCAUUAAAAUAAUUAAAUAAAGCUACGCCCUGUAUCUUUUAUUGCCAGAUAAUAUCUUUGAACCUCUGGCUCACAGUCUUACCACCAGCUGCAAGGUAUUUUCCAGGGUGUGCUUUACCCAUUCUGCCAUUGUACUAAAUAAUGUUCUAGACAGAAAAAGUCCCUGAUAACAAUCAGAACUCAUCUGAAGUUUUAAUCAUAGUGCCCACUAGCAAAUCGUCUUCUCUAGGCUUCUCCUUGGGUCCACCUGCCCUGCCUUCCCACCUGUCAGCUAUGGCAGGAUGAAAGAGCUUUCCAUUAUAAGUACCAUGUGUGGGUGGAAGAGGUUAGCAUGCACAACUACAGUGGCUUGCAGAACUGUGGGUCUUCUGAGUCAGACUGGAUGUUGGGGAAGGUGAGAGAGAUAUUGGCAGGGGGGGGGAUAUAGUCGCAGUAAGAUGGCAAGGAACAAAUGUAUCACCAGCUAUUCUUAACUGAGAAGUAAGUUUCCUUGUGCUGUUUUCUUUGAGAAUACUGUUCUUUUUUUAAAAAAUCUGUUUUAAAAACAGUUGUACGUAUACAAAAGUACAGGAUCAUCUGCAGAAGGGCCACAAAACGUGGUUUUAGUCCUGUUAGGCAGGUGUGGGUGGAGGUGAUUCUUCAGGUAACCUGACCCCCAGGAGUAAGCAUGGACCAAUGGUACCAAAUAGUAUGGGAAACAGCAUUAUUAGAAAAACUGUCCAAUAAACUGAAACUGACACGGGGACAAAUGGAAGAAGACGCCUUCACCUGGUAUGGCUCCCCUUUAUCACAUACACAGCCCAACAAGACAGUGACAAGAAUCCACCAACAGCAUACGAAUCAAUAUGGCUAACCUGAUUCAAAAACACACACACACCCCACUCACACAUGAAAACAAAGUUCACCACAGCCAAUCACAAACAAGGAACCAUACCCUAGGCCAACCCCAACCUCUCUCACCAGCAAAGAAACACAAGCGAAUAGUAAAGAGAACCCGCACAAGUGACGCUGACACAAAACCCACCGCACAUACAUUAAGUAAAAUAGAAACAUCACCACCCGACUCCACCCCCACUCACCAUGGCCCCCUCCACCUCUUUCCCCCUUUUGUUCCUAAUGUAACACUAAUGUCUCAACAAAAGAAACUGAUCUGUAGAAAAUGUAACUUGAAAAAAGAGACAUUUCACAUGCUUUUGUAAACCAAGAAAUCUUUAAUAAAAAUACGUUAAAAAAAGUAACCGGACCCCAAGCUGCACUUUGAAUUGGACCUGAAAACAGACUAGAAGCCAGUGCAAUUGACAAAGCCCUUGUGUAAAGUCAGAGAGAUUGUUAGUAGACAGUUGUUACAAUAUAACUCUCUUUCACAAGCAAAUCCCAAGUCAAUGUAAAAGUGAGUUAAACAUAUCAGAAAUGCAAGUUUACAAAACUUAAAUUUGUAAAGUUCCCCAAAUAAUUUUAGAUGAAAAAACCCCCAUUUGACUGUCAACACUGUACAGGGUGGAAAAAGUAGCUGGUAACUUUUUGUACUAUUAGUAUGUAUUAAGCUAUGCUGUUGGUAAUAAACUUGUCUACAUCAGCCAGCAAUCAUCUGAUUUUGAAAUUAUCUGGAUAUGAGAAUUAUCUGCCUGUAACAUCUGUCAGCCCACUGAUUGCCAGGGUUGAUUCAGCUGAUAAGGUGCUCUAGGUGGAUGUCCCUUUUAUCCCUUACCACUUUCUGAAGCUGCUCACUUGCAGGAUAAGGACAACUACCCCAGAUAAGAUUCUAAAUAUGACCAUACUGUCCAGUUUCAGUUGACAGUCUUGUACUGGGACUGUUGAGCUAUAAUUUAAGGAUGGACCUGUGCGCAUUAGGUAUGGACCUUCUGAUAACUUCAAUAGGAUUGCUUUGUCUGCAUUCCUUAUUAGUUGAUUCUGGAACAUUACUGUGUCUUUUGCAUUUCUUUUUAAUUAGAAGGAUACAUCAGUCCAGAUUUAUGCACUUCCUUUUCUAACUGGGCUUCUACUGAGAGGACUGUGUGCAUGGCUGGACCAACUAAAUUCCAUUGUUCCAAUAAGUGCUCUUGUGCUCUUUAGCAAUCCACACACCACUAACUAGAAUUGCUUGUAAUGCAUGAUUAUGGAGCCCAACAGGCAUAACUGGCUGGAUGUCGCAGAAUGUGGCAGCUCUGUGUUUGAGGUACUUAUUGCAUGCAGCAGUUACAUCAGCACAAUGUUCGCUGGAAGUUGAAUCUAUUUAUUCCACCAUUUGAAAUCUUCCACCAUUUGAAAAACGCUUCCCCUUCUUUUUUUGUGUUAGUGUGCUCACCCUUUCCCUUGCUUGAGCUUUUACAAUUAUUUUUAUAUACAUUUAUAUUACACAUUCUUUUUCAUCACAUAAUUGAAGGUGGCAUGCAUAUGGUUCUCAGGAGACCUCCCUCGCCUGUUGACCAGACCCAGACUAAUUUAAUCCCAGGAGAAUAACUGUCUCACGUGCCUUCAGACUAGACCCUGGUCUCUAUCUCUUGUGCUUCACAGUUUAAAGCAAGGUUAUUCUUAGGUUGGAGGAAUAACUCCACCCCUUUUCUUACAUGGGGAGAGGAACAUUACUGCAGAUGUACUGCUAGAACAACACUAAAGCAGUUCAGGAAAAGCCCUCUGUUUGUUGUUGGCAUCAAAGUGGCUGAAAGAAGGGCACAUCCAUGCCAAUAUCCUUCCACUUGUGUGGCCUUUUGUGAAAGCAGUAAAGUUGCUAAAGCAUUUCACCAAGUUGUCCUUGUCCAAAAACUCUACAGCAAAUGAAUAGUGUCCUUUGUCAAGCCUAACAACCCUUAUACCAGCAGUCUUGAAAAUGUACAGUUCUCCUUAGUGAGCCAUUUGGACUCUAAUGUGUCAACUUUUAUAAAUGCUACUUUGAUGAGUACCCAACUGCCCCUGAGAAAACAUCCCUUUGGGAUCUCUUAAAAGGAGAAGUUUGCUGUGGGUUGUACUGUCCUGAAGACUUGUUUGCCAACCUCUAUUUUAAGCCAUAGGGUUAUAUCCAAGGCUAGUCAUACGUUUCAGUUUCCUUAUGUUCCAUCUUUUUCAGCUCAACAACACGUCCUCACAUAUAUGGAAGAUGCAGUGAGCCAGCUGUUGGAAAGCAGAGACGAUAUUAGUCAAUAUGGUAUUGCCAGAUUCUUCACUGAAUAGUAAGUACAUCACUACCUAGUACAGCAAACUUAGUCUGAAAGUGGAUCAGAGCAACAGGAAGGACAAACACAGAAUGGGACUGUGCCAGCAAAUACCAUAUUAGCCCAUACAUGUAACAUGUCUGCACUUAAAUGAACCACCAAGUCCAGCUCAACUCUAUGCUUAGCCUUAGAAAUAUAACUUACUAUAUAUACAACCAACUGUUGCUUCCUUUGCUGUGACAACUGUCCAGUCCUAUUGCAAGUUCACACCUGGUAGGUCCUGUGGGUUUCAAAGAAGCUGACUUUAUUGUUGACAAAAUUGAAUUUGACCCAGUGAGGCUUAUGUGUGUGAGGAAGUGUAUAAAUUGCAUGUCAAAUUUGACCCAUGAAAAUUAUGGUUUCCAAGUUGGUUUGUACUUAACUGGCAAAGCGUAGCAUUGGAGUACACAAAUGACACAUGACAUUUAGGCUGCAAUCAAUAGGAUUUCCUUUUGAGUAGUUUACAGUAGACUACCAGUCUCUUAGUUCUGUUCUUUGCCUUUAUUCAGGAUCUAGUCUGAUGUCUAAUGGAGAGUAGGGACUGGACUGAAAGUUCAGCUGAGUAAUUAGAGUGGAAAAAGGCCAGGCACUGAAAAGCUACAGAAGAGGCGUGCAGGAAACUAUGCCAGUGCGAGUAAAGAGGCAGGAGGUUCAGGGCAGGAAAUUUAGGAAGACUGGACAGCAGCACGGAUAAGUGUUUUGAGAGCUGGUUAACACACAGUGGUUUUUCUUACAUGGGCUUAUAUGUUUGUAUGAGGGUGUGGGGAAAAUAUGUGGCUCAAGUCUUUGUUUUGCUAUGAAUGACUGGAAAGCCGAACCACUUGUGAUGGUUCUCUAUCUAUCAAUAUACCACAUCCAAGCUCUUUGUUCAUCCAAAGUCUUGAACACCUCAAAAUGCUGCUACAUUGUUUUAUUUUCUGCAGCACGAAACUAUGACAGGAUUAGCUUGUCCUUUGAAAUUACCUGACUUUGCCAUUGUUGAAAUAAAAAUAAAAAAUAAAAAAUUGUCCAGUAGCACCUUGUAGACCAACUAAGUUUGUUCUGGUAUAAGCUUUUGUGUGCAUGCACACUUCUUCUGGUGCAUGCACACGAAAACCUAUACCAGAACAAACUUAGUUGGUCUACAAGGUGCUACUGGACAAUUUAUUUAUUUAUUUAUUUUAUUUCGACUGCGUCAGACCAACACGGCUACCUACCUGAAUCUCUUACCAUUGUUGUGAACAAGUCUCCUGGCCUGGAGAUUGAUGGUUUUUGUAUAACAAGGUGGCUGAUACAAACAUGCCUAUCACACCUAUAGUUAUGUUUAUCUUUGUAAUUAAUUUUUGUUCCUGUAGGGAUGGAGAUUCUUGAACCCAAACUUAAUUUAUGGGGAACACGCACCAACAAAUCUAAAUGAAAUUCUGCUCUCAAGGAUGACUAGUGUGGAUGGGAUUUGGCAUGUUUGAUCCAGCCGCAUGUUAAAUUGUGCCUGACAACAAGGCUGUAUUUGAAAUAACUGAAAUCAGUUACAUAGUGCUGUAACAAUAAUAGCUUUACUAUUCCUAACCUUUCAUAUUUCUUCAUAAAUCAUUUUAAUGUAUAACAGGUUUGGACAAAAAUCUUAAAGCAUGGGUGGGGACCCUUUGGCCCUACAGAUGUCGCUGGACUACAUUCCCAUCAUCCUUGGCCAUUGGCCAUGCUGGUUGGAGCUGAUGGGAGUUGGAAGUCCAACAACAUCUGUAAGGUCACAGGUUCCCAAUCCUUGCCCUAAAGCAACAGGUUUUUAGGCAGGGAAUUGGUGCUUCUCUUCUUACUCUUCUCGACAGCUCAAAUAGUGGAGAAACUUUUACGUAUAAAGUGCUCUUCUUACCAUGAGGCUCUUUCACAAGAAGGCUUGGUGUUCUCCAUAGUGCCUUGUUCCUCUGAUUAUGUCCACUUACGAGCACUUCUCUUAUUUUCGAGAAUCAUCCCUUUAUUUCAUUCCCUCACUUUCAGAUAUAGUGGGGGUUGGGGGGUUGGUUUAAACAGAUUCUUUUGUGGGCAUUUUAGGCUGUGCUUUACUCCUGGUGCACACACAUUUGGCCUUUAUUUUCUUGUCAGAAUAUGAAGAAAUGCAAUUUUCAUUUUAAAAGAGAGCAAGCAGACCGAAUAAAGUAGAAUUUGGAUUUGGAGAGAGGAAUAGGAAUUUUGUCUUGCCUCUUUUAGCCCUUCGUUUAGAUAAGACAGACAAUGUGAAGGGCACCAUGAAUGCAUUAAAGAAUUUAGCGUCCUAAAAAUGAGGCUGUGACUGCUCAAGCCUACAAGCUGGAAUAAUGGGGAAUUGCAGGAAUGAAGUGUUUGUCUUUAGGUCAAUAGGGAUAAGGGAGGUCACAGCUUGUGAAGAAGAAAAAACCCCAGCCAAGUGGGGAAAUGCCAUGCUGUGUGUGGCACAGGUGGCUGUCUGUGUGGUGGACAUUGUUGGGAUUCUUAACAUUCCUCACUGCUUCCCAGCAGAAUUCUUCUGUAAGCAAAGACAUAAAGAAGAGAAUCAUCCAGCAACUUGUGUAUGGAAGGUGCGAAUGUAUGCUCUGUACAGCUCCCUGAUACUGUCCUCCGCUUUAAAAAAAAAUCAGCAUCUGAUGGAAAAAUGGAUGGACAGGAAGAAGCAACUUAACGCUUCCCUCUCCGUUUGGUUUCUCAGCUAAAAACUUCCUUUUCUCAGUGACUGUUUUACCCAUAGUUGGAAAGGUUUGGGGAACCUUCAAGGUCCUUGUAUGUUUUGCUAAAUUGGUGGAGAAACAGACUGGAGAAGGUGGAUUUUGAGCAGAAAAAGGGCUAAAGAAGUCAGGCUUAAUCAACCUCUUCCCAUUUGCCCUUCUCCAGCUCCAGCUUAAGAGCCUGCUUUGUGUUAAAAAUGAAAAAAUAAGAAACAAAGGGGGAAGUCAGUAUUUAUUUGAUUUAUUCAUUGCUUCCUAUCAGGACCUGAAAGCAAGUUGUAGCAAUAAGAAUCACAUACAUGAAAUAAAUUCAUGCAGUUCAUGGAAAUACAUUUAAAAUCAGUCAUAACACACUAAACGUAUUCCUCCAUGAUUCAUAACUAAUGAACAAAAAUAUCAUUUCCUCAUGUAACACAAAGAUAAUUGCCAAAGAUCCCAACUAAAAUAACCACAAGAACCACAACAAUAUUAGCACUCAAAAUGUGGUUUGAGCCUCUGUCAAAUGCAUAUUCCCUCCCUGCUGGAAUCAAGGAGGCCCUGUUCUGCUCUGCAGAGAGACGAGCUCAUCUUGUGCAGGGUCCAGGCUGGGUAAUAAAAGAGCACAGACCUUUGAUGCUGCUUCAGCAAGUCGGACUUAGACUGAGCCCUAUAUAUGAGCAGCAGCUAUAUCCCAAUUACAAAAUCUACCUUCACUGAAAGGUGCCUCGUCUGUUAAAGGGGUCCAGCACCAGGGUAGAAUCUGGGGAUUCUGCACUGGAGUACUCUUGAAUCAGAAGCUGUCAAUUCGACAUCCUCAGGUCACAGUGACACUGGCAUCACAGGCUUGUCUUGUGUGUAAUUCCCCUUUUAAUUCAGAGUUGUUGACCUCAUUCCCUGAAGAUGGGGAAUCUGACUCCAGGGUCAUGACAGGCUGUUGAAGACCCAGAUGAGAUAAUCAUUUGAGCACCUCUUCAGUGCAAGCAUUAGAAUAAGCAUAAAUUGCAUGGGAAUGAAGGAAGCUGCCUUCCUAAGUUGCGCCAUGAGUCCAUUUAGCCCAGUUUUUGAAGGGGGACACCCCCUGUCCUACCUGGAGAUGCUGGGGAUUGAAAGGAGAAUUUUUGUAUGCCAAGCACGUGCUCUUUCGCUUAGCUAUUGCCACCGCCACCCCGUCCAUGAAAUACAUUGUAUGUACUUAAAAUUUCAGAGUAUGAAGACCGCAAAGUAAUGAUGAAAGGUUCCUCAUUCUGCUUUUAAAAACAUUUUAAAAUAUUUAUCAGCAGUAUUGUCCCACUCCCACCUCAUCAAGACGUUUACCUGACUCUCCAGUUCUUGAUCUGUUGAGCCUCCACAUCCUCUCUUGGCUGUGGUACUCUGGUGCAACAAACAUGUGAUUGUUUCUGUGAAUGUAACAUUGCCCUAGAAUAUGAGUAAAUGAUUGCCGGUGUGCUCAGAUAGAUCAAGACUUUCUGAAAGUGCGGUCGCAUUUCUCUAACACUCUUAAAGGAAGGAUAUGAAAUUCCAGAAGGGUUUUCUGCUCAAGCUGAAUUCUCCCUAGAGUCUCUGAAAAGCUUAUGCAGGAGAGGAAGACAUUUACAGGUGCUGCUAUUCUGUUUUUCUUUUUGACAGUUAUAGCUAGACAUAUCGUUAUCCCAAGGGGGGCAAGACCUGGAGUGGGAAGCAGCUGAGGCAUAGCUUGAAAAAUGUUUUUCCCCCUAUCUCUAAGUUUUACUUUGUCAGUGGUUAUCUUAAGCUCUGGAGGUUGGCAAUGAUUUCUUUGGCAGGCUGCUAUAAUCUUUCUAGGGUGAGAGGGUCAGAGCACAUGGCAGACUCCUCGGUGUUCCAUUUAAGGCACCAGGGUGCUCCUUUUAAACUGGGCAGUGGCCAAACUUGGCCCUCCAGCUGUUUUUGGACUACAACUCCCAUCAUCCCUAGCUAACAGGACCAGUGGUCAGGGAUGACAGGAAUUGUAGUCCCAAAACAGCUGGAGGGUCAAGUUUGGCCACCACUGAGUUAGACCCUAGUGUUUUAUUCUCUGUACCUUUGUGACAGUAGCCAGAAGAGGGAGGUCUCCGCUGCCAUCAUUGCAGAUGGUGAAAAAGUAGCACUGCAGCCACUAGCUCAGCAGUAGACAAUGGCAUGCGGGACCAGCAAUGUUUCACAGCAAACUCAGUAAAAAAAGGGUGUCAGUUGUAAACACUAAAGACCCAAACUGGGGUCUACAUCCUUACGGUUAUUGCUGUAUGGCCCAAACUGAAAUAAUUUCUUUUGUGAGCCCAGUUUCUGCAUCUUUUGAAGGAAAAUAAUUCCUUUUGUACGUUUGUAUUCCUUGAUUUUUCUAAGAAAUGUAACAUCCUUGGUGACAGCACAAUGAAAUACACUGCCUGUCCUGAGGCAUCUACCUCUUCAAAAGGAACACCAAUAGUUUUACGCAUGUUUGUCAGCUGAGAGAUUUUUGUGUCAGACGAUUGUGGGAUUUCUUAAUUUCCUCUAGAUUAUUUUGUAGAAACACUGGUUGGGGUACAGGAACCGGGGGUCAUUUUGGAGUAAAAAUAAUAAUUGUAGUGACAGCAGAAUCUUCCGGCCUUUGAUUGAGCCACCAGACAGCAAGAUGGGAGAAAAGCCCCAGGGCUUGAGAGUCUGUUUUUCGUCAUCAUCAUGCCUAUUUAGCAGGAUGUGGAUGUUUUGGUUCAGGGUUUCAGGAUAUGGUGUGCUUCUUGAGUGUUUUCACCUUGAUAUUAGCAUUCUGUAGUCCCAGGGCACAUGCCUUCCUUCCUUCCUUCCUUCCUUCCUUCCUUCCUUCCUUCCUUCCUUCCUUCUUUUUUUCUUUCUUUACUUUCUUUUAGGAUUUUAUUCACUCCCCACCCUACUCUUCCCCAAGGCCUUAGCAUUGCCCUGCUCCAGUGAAGAGAUGACAAUGUUAUCUCAGCAAUACUGGCUGGCUGCAGCAAGCUGGGUGGCAUGUGUGAAACUUCUGCUGUCACCAACCUGGCUGUGAAGUGAUCCUUUCGGCUCAAAGCUUCCACUGGGAUUUUCUGUUGCUGAUUCCUGGCAGGUCUUCUGUUUUAGCUAAGAUACCCUGCUCCCUUGAGUGCUGAAAAGGAAAAGCUUGGUAUGCGUCUACUGUAUAUCUCAGUGUUAUACAGAAAGAAAGACGUAAUAAUGGGACAUACAUCCAAUAUAUUGUGCAUAGGGUUGCAACUAAAGGUGGAUCUUGCAGCAGAUCCUCCUGUUCACUCAAGAACAGGGGUCAGCAAACAUUUUCAAUAGGGGGCCAGUCCACUGUCCCUCAGACCUUAUGGGGGGCCGGACUAUAUUUUGAAAAAUAAUAAUGAAUGAAUUCCUAUGCCUAACAAAUAACCCAGAGAUGCAUUUUAAAUAAAAGCACACAUUCUACUCAUGUAAAAACCCACUGAUUCCCAGACCGUCCACAGGCUGGAUUUAGAAGGUGAUUGGGCCUUAGUUUGCCUACUAUAUGUCCCCCUGUUGCUUCCCCAUUUCCUUCCCUUCUGCUUUCCCAUAGUUCCCCAGUGUCAUCAUCAAGCAGGAUGUGGAAGUUUUGGCUCAGAGUUUAGGGAUAUCUUGUGUUUCUUUAGUAUCUUUCAUCUUGAGUGUAUUUCACCAGGGCACUAUUCAAUUGCUUGUGCUCACAAGAACCAUAUUCUUAGCUCUUCCUGUGUCUGCUACCAAAUGCAUGCACUUGGAAGGAAGGAAGGAAGGAAGAACAUUGUAGUAAUAAACUCCUAUUUCAGUAUAAUAUGUAUACUAUGCACUAAAAAGUUGAUUCUGCAAUGUCCCAUCAAUUCCCUAAUAUUAGGGAACCCUCUCAGAACCCAUCAGAAUUUGACAAGUGCCUGACUGGCUUAGCAGGCAGCAGCCACUACCUGGAUUUAGAGAAGCAAGAGCCAGCUGGACUCUGUAGGCUUCCCAAUCUGGUAACAGAAGUUUUCUAUUUAUAGGUGAAUCAGUUCUUGUGCUGUGUGCAACCUACACUCUGGCUCCAAUCCUGGGAUCUAGUUCAGAUAUAUGGUUGAAGUCACCAGGGUUAAGGCAGCUGGCCACUGGAUUGUGUGCAAGUUCAUUCCUCUUUUCCUCUCUUUCGCUUGCUCAUGGGUUCAGAAUAAUGCAUGGCCAUUGCAAACCCUGAUUUGCAAGGCCCUUCCUGGCAUUUUGGGCUGCAAAAUCACAGUAGAUGAGAAGUGGAGUGAGGAGGCGCUUAUGUAUGACCAAGAAAGGAGAGAGAAAUGUUGAUCAAGCAUUUGCCUGCCGUCACUGCUACUGAGCCAAUAGCAGCCAGAUGGCAUUGCUAUUUCAGCUACUCUUGCUGGUUCACAGCUGCCAAAGAUCUAUUGUAACAUCAUAAAGCUGGAUGCAUAGAGCUUGUUGAAGACUCUAAGUGAAUUGAUGAAAUUAUACUGGUUUUAGGUUUUUGCUUGGCAAAAAUACGAUGGGUGGGGCACACAGUCAGAAGAUGGUAACAGGUUGGCAGAAGCUCAAAGGCUGCCAUAUUUGCAGACUCUCAGCUAGCUGCAUAGCUUUAGAUUUACUUCUGGUAGAUUUGUUCAUUACUUUCAGAAUAAAAUACUGAAGCAUAGUAUCUGAGUGGGUUUCUUCAUAUGUGAGGUUUGCUGGAAUAGUAUCCACCGAGUCUUCAUUUCUAUUGGCUAGUUGUGCUCUCCUGUAAUUGGUAGCCAGAAAUGUGGAGCUGUAAGCAUAUUCUCUUCCUUCCACUAAUUGGGCUUUCCUUUCUGCUGAUAAAAUGUGACGAAGAUUUAAUCUAAAUGUAGGGAAAAGGCUGGCAUGUUGACAUCUUCUGACCAGCCUGCUCUUGGGAGCCACUUACUUGUGCUCAGUGAGCCAAAGCUGGUGUUCUGUGCCUUCAGAAUAAACAGUAAAAUGCAUCAGGAUGAAUAGUUGCAUAUCUUCUACAUGGUAUGGUGGGGCUGUUCAGUUUCUGCUUGUCAUCUGCCCUGCUCUGUGUAGAGCAAGAAAGUGACAUCUAUUGGCACAACCAUUCCAUUUUGCAAGGAAUGGAACGGCUGUUUUUCUUGCUUGCAUAAUGUAUGCCCUAAGGAAGAGUUCUGGGUAAGUAAUUUGGCAAUAAUCUUCAGGUGUUCCUGUUGGGUGUUAGCACGCAAGGGGGACAUAAGGGUAAGUGCACUAGCUUCAGUCCCCCAGCCACCAUUCUUGUCAUCUUCUUUAAGCUGAAAGGCAGAUGUCUGAAGUGGACAGCCUCCUAUAAUCUGACUUCUUGAGCUAUGAUAUCUCAGCAGCGAGACACUAUAGGAAAUCAUUUUUCUGAAAUGCAUGGAGCGUUUGCAUGAGUACAAGAGUGGCCCCACUUCAGAAGUUCAUUCUCCAGCUCAUGGAGGUGAGCAGUGGUGGGGCAGAGUUAGAAUCAUAGAAUCAUAGAAUAGAAUCAUAGAAUCAUAGAGUUGGAAGAGACCACAAGGGCCAUCGAGUCCAACCCCCUGCCAAGCAGGAAACACCAUCAGAGCACUCCUGACAUAUGGUUGUCAAGCCUCUGCUUAAAGACCUCCAAAGAAGGAGACUCCACCACACUCCUUGGCAGCAAAUUCCACUGUCGAACAGCUCUUACUGUCAGGAAGUUCUUCCUAAUGUUUAGGUGGAAUCUUCUUGUAGUUUGGAUCCAUUGCUCCGUGUCCGCUUCUCUGGAGCAGCAGAAAACAACCUUUCUCCCUCCUCUAUGUGACAUCCUUUUAUAUAUUUGAACAUGGCUAUCAUAUGACCCCUUAACCUCCUCUUCUCCAGGCUAAACAUGCCCAGCUCCCACUCAUCCUCGCAACCCCCAUCUUAUCCUCACAACCCCCAUCCGCUGCCUUGCUUAACACCUAACAAGGAUACCUGAAGAUGGCGAAUGAAAUAUUCAGAUCACCACUCCUCUGUGAGGAAUAACAUGAACCGUAGGAAGUCUGACAUGAAGCUAUUUUUAUUCUCAGUUUUAGGAUGCCUCUUGCCUGAUGUUAUUGUUAACUACUUGGGUGUGGAAGUGUUGGUGAACUCUGUGGAGAGCUAUAUAAAAUCACUGUUGAGUGAAUAAUGACUCUGGAUAUUUUAGCUUAAUGGAGAGGACCACAAUAUUUUAAACCAGUCUGAUCAGUAGUGCUCAGAUUCCAGCUUGAGUGGCUGCCUUGUAGAGGGAGUGCUUGGGAUUUAUUUCCCAACCUUCCUAGAAUCCAGAGCUUGUUUACAUUGGAAUAAAGUCAUUUGUCCUUGAAUACCUCUCUUCCCACAUCCAAAAUGCUGCUUAGAUACUGGAAUAGGGGUUUUUUUUUGGGGGGGGGGGGAGAAUUUGACAUUCCUUCUUGGAAUGUGCAACGGAGUGACCCAGAGGUUUUAGCUGUGUUGAUAGUGUGGAUUUAAUCCUAUCGUUAUUAAGUUUAGAGACCUGAGCAUAUUCCCUCAAAACAAGAAAAACAACAACACUUAUGUGAAUAUACACCAGCAAAUCUGCAGCAUCUCUGGAGCGCCUCUUGAUAACCUCUCCCACCAAAGACCUAAACAUCGAACUGUGUAAAAAUGUUUUGUAGCUAAAUUUGUCUGAAAAUGAAGCAGGUGUCUCACUGGGAUUUUACAUCAUUCCUUAAAAAUGUUUCUAUCUAAAUUCACAGAUACUGAAAAUCCCUAAAGAGGCAGAGACUUUUCACUUAAAGUGCUCUUAAUGCUUCAGAUGACCUAGACAGUGAUAUCUCUCUCUUUCUGCCUUUAUUUUAAGAAUAAAACAGCAUUUAUACAACAUAUUUAAUGGUUCAAAGCAUUUCACAUCUAACAUUUCAGUGAAGUUCAGUGCUUUCAUAAGGUAGGCCAGUGUUAUUCCCAUUUUGCAGAUGGGAACACUGAAGCUAAGAAAAUAAUAGUUUGCCUAAGGUCCCCUGCUGAGUUGGGGCCUAAGGUGGAUUUGAACUGGGAUCUUUCACACUUAUACCACUAUGGUAUACUAGAAUGGCAGAAGUGGAUUUAAUAUUAUCUUAUAUUUGUCCAAGAGCCUUGCCAGCCUAGCAUUCCUUAGGACUGACCCUCCCUCCUUCCCAAAGUAUAUCUCUUGAAACAAGUAAAGUGAUUCAAAGCAAGAAAAGUUAACCAGCAUAUGUAGGUUAAUCAUGAUGGUAAAUCACAAUCAUAGCGGAAGCAAAAUUCCAUCAGUUUGGGGAUUGUUAUUUUUCUGAAUGUUGCUUCUUUAAUAUGCAAGAGGCUUUUAAAGUCCUUAUUUUGUUCAUCCUUGCAACAGCCCUGUGAGAGAAGUCACUGUUCUCAUUUUAGAGAUGAAGGGCAAGACUGAUUUCCAUCUCAGCAGGAGCUCUUCGUCGAACUUCCCCAAAACAUGAUGUUUUAUGCAUAAAUGUUUGCAAUUCUUUUAAUGGCAUCUAGGAUGUGUGAGCUGUUAAGAGUUUGAGCCAAAAGAAAAAUAUUAUAUUUGCAAUGCAAUGCAAGUGCAUAUAUGUAUUUAAAUUUUGUAUUAUUCAUACGUCGUUGCAGAGUUAUGGCUGGGGAUAUUCAAAAUGCAAGCAAUAAUAUAUUUGGGGGUGGGGGGUUGUGCACAUGGGGCUCUGCUGUUCUUUGGUCCCAAGCACUGUUAGAUUGUCUUGCUGCCAUUAAUUCUGUUCCACAGUUAGUAGACAAUGGAGACUCGACACAUGAUGAAUUAAUUUGCCCUUUUCCUCUACACUGGUAUUUAAUUUUACUAGUAGCCAGCCAAUUGCCUUUUCUUUCCUUGCUAUAGUUGGAUGCAGAUAAUAAAUGAUUUCCCACCCCCGUACCUCUGUUUUAUUUAUCAGAUACAAUCAUUUUGGUACCAAAUCCCCUUCUUCAGCUAGCUUGACAACUAGUUCAAUAUAAUAAUUAAAAGUAACACAAACAUCAUUUCCCCUUCCACACCCCAUCUUUCGCCAGAAGGAGAGCUGCAAGAAAUUUAGUGCUUGUGUAUGUCGAUCAAAAGCAUUUGUCUGUGUCGACCACAGUAAACUAUGGCAAGUUCUUAAAGAAAUGGGAGUGCCUGAUCACCUCAUCUGUCUCCUGAGAAAUCUUUAUGUGGGUCAAGAAGCUACAGUUAGAACUGGAUAUGGAACAACUGAUUGGUUCAAAAUUGGGAAAGGAGUACGACAGGGCUGUAUAUUGUCUCCCUGCUUAUUUAACUUAUAUGCAGAAUUCAUCAUGUGAAAGGCUGGACUGGAUGAAUUCCAAACUGGAAUUAGGAUUGCCGGAAGAAAUAUCAACAACCUCAGAAGUGCAGAUGACACAACCUUGAUGGCAGAAAGUGAGGAGGAAUUAAAGAACCUUUUAAUGAAGGUGAAAGAGGAGAGUGCAAAAUAUGGUCUGAAGCUUAACAUCAAAAAAACUAAGAUCAUGGCCACUGGUCCCAUCACCUCCUGGCAAAUAGAAGGGGAAGAAAUGGAGGCAGUGAGAGAUUUUACUUUCUUGGGUUCCAUGAUCACUGCAGAUGGUGACAGCAGUCACAAAAUUAAAAGACGCCUGCUUCUUGGGAGAAAAGCAAUGACAAACCUAGACAGCAUCUUAAAAAGCAGAGACAUCACCUUGCCGACAAAGAUCUGUAUAAGUUAAAGCUAUGGUUUUCCCAGUAGUGAUGUAUGGGAGUGAGAGCUGGACCAUAAAGAAGGCUGAUCGCCGAAGAAUUGAUGCUUUUGAAUUAUGGUGCUGGAGGAGACUCUUGAGAGUCCCAUGGACUACAAGAAGAUCAAACCUAUCCAUUCUGAAGGAAAUCAGCCCUGAGUGCUCACUGGAAGGACAGAUCCUGAAGCUGAGGCUCCAAUACUUUGGCCACCUCAUGAGAAGAGAAGACUCCCUGGAAAAGACCUUGAUGUUGAGAAAGAUGGAGGGCACAAGGAGAAGGGGACAACAGAGGAUGAGAUGGUUGGUCAGUGUUCUUGAAGCCACUAACAUGAGUUUGACCAAACUGCGGGAGGCAGUGGAAGACAGGAGUGCCUGGCAUGCUCUGGUCCAUGGGGUCACGAAGAGUCGGACAUGACUAAACGACUAAACAACAACAUGUCAAUCAGAAUUGCAUUGAAUAGUGGGACUCCCCUGCCGCUGUGCAAAACUCUAGGACAACUUCAAAUGGAAUGUUUUAAAGAAAACCCUUCAGCAAUAGCGACUGACCUUUUCUGUUGCAUGAAAGAUCGUAUAUAGAAGAUCAUGGCUUACUUAGUGGACAGUCAAAUUUAAUCUUUUGGAAUUCAAAAGCCUUGAACAAUUUGUUUGGAAGGUUAAGUCACUUAACCCCAAAUUAAAUAAAAUGCCAAAUAGCUGCUGGUAAAAAAGUUUAUUUGGAGAGAAGCAAACCACGAGGAUUGGUUUGCACGUAACACUAAUCUAAGCCUCAUUUGUUUCUCCCAGAAGGCAGCAGGGCGGAGUAGGUGUAAUUAAGCAGUGGGCACCAGCAUUCUACUCAUUCACAGUAAGCCAUAGUUUCUUUCUGACUAUAGCUUCCUGUUAUGGGCAAACCAGGCUUUUAUAUACAGUGGUACCUCGGGUUAAGAACUUAAUUCGUUCUGGAGGUCCGUUCUUAACCUGAAAUUGUUCUUAACCUGAGGUACCACUUUAGCUAAUGGGGCCUCCUACUGCCGCCGCACUGCGCUGCUGCCGUGCGAUUUCUGUUCUCACCCUGAAGCAAAGUUCUUAACCCAAGGUACAAUUUCUGGGUUAGCAGAGUCUGUAUCCUGAAGCGUCUGUAACCUGAGGUACCACUGUACGGGUUACAGAUGCUUCAGGUGACAGACACUUCAGGUUACAGACUCUGCUAAACCCAGAAAUAGUACCUCGGGUUAAGAACUUUGCUUCAGGAUGAGAACAGAAAUCGUGUGGCAGCAGCAGGAGGCCCCAUUAGCUAAAGUGGUACCUCAGGUUAAGAACAAUUUCAGGUUAAGAACGGACCUCCGGAACGAAUUAAGUUCUUAACCCAAGGUACCACUGUAGUGCCUUUCAGAUUGAAACACCCAAGGUAACUAAUAGCAACAAUGAAAAAACCAACAAGUUUAAAAAACAGCCAUUAACUGAAUGAAGGACAGCCCAUUCAAAACAAUGUCAAGGUGUGUGAGAGAGUAGGCAUAGUGAUUUCAAAUGUCUGACAGGCCAGUACAGUCAUGUAGUGGUAUUGGAAACCCAUCAAAGAGGGCCUGAUGGAUCAGAGAGUUUCACAGUUUAGGCCAGAGCUUUCCAAACUUUUCAUGUUGGCGACACACUUUUUAGACAUGCAUUAUUUCGCAACACAGUACUUCAGUUUUACUAGCAAACUGGAAGUUAAACUAACCACUUUCCAGCCCUGGAAAGAAGCGUGGGGACCAUUCACGCGAUAUACCUACACACUGCAGCCAACACACUAAUGUAACAAGGAAGGCCUCUUCACACAUCAGGUCAUGUGCAUAUUGGGAGAAACAGUUUGUAUAAAAAAGAAAUAAAUUGUAAAAGCAUUUGUAUUGGUUCCAGAGUCUGCUCAGACGAUGCCCUUGCAUGGGAUGGGUGGGGGAGAAGCAGAUUUUUCUGAUGUAUGCUUUUCAGAGAGCUGGGGUUGCCUGAAGAACCAUGCUAAGGUAUACAUGAUGGUACAUGAUGGGUUUAUUGUUAUUUAAUGUGUGAAUAGCUCCAUGUAUUGUAUGGUGACCUAGACACCAACUUUGGUGUUUUCCAAAGCUUCCUGGCCCCUCAAUGUUUUUUGAAUGAGGGGUUGUUUUUUGGAGGGGGGAAGCCUGCCUAAUUAUUUUUUUGGUCUGAGUUUCAUUUGUUUGGCCUGUCUUUUUUGGUGGGUGGGAAUUCUGAGCCUUAUUGGGGUUUUCCCCUGUGAAAUUGUUGUUUUUGGAUGCCCAUGGCAUUUCCUUUGAUUUCCUGGUCAAAAAAAGUUGGGAAGCCCUGGUCUAUAUAGACUCUCACUGUUUGCAGCCAAAGGAAAUCUUUCCUGUUCUUGGUUAUCUCUCCCUGUUCAGAUUCAUUUGGAAGUUCUGCCCCAGAAACCAGAAGAAUAUUCAGAAAACAUUAAGAGCUCAAAUAUGAAGUAUUCAGUUCUAUAUAUUUCUUUUCUUUGAGCUCUGAUUAUUCCUAAAUGCCUUGCUUUACCUGCUUUCUAGCUAGUGUUUAGCUUUUUUUUUUUUUAAGGGGCACAUAUAGAAUAAAGGUCAGAAUAGAACACCGAUUCAGCUUGUUGUUUCUUGUUUUGUUUUUAUUAAAGAAAUUUCCUGGAAUGUCUUCCGCUGAAGAUGGGAAUUUCCAUCAAAUACUGGCUACCCUUCCAUUGCAAAACAUACCCUGUAGGAAACUGAAGGAUGAUUCCAACAUUGUUUUUUUCUUUGUGGAAAAAUAAAUGUGAAAACCGUCACAUCGGAAUGCAGAAUCCACAUGGGUUUUGCAGAUAGAGUCCGUAAACAUGAGAACUCUUGUUUGCUCUUGCUCGUAGAUCUUUCUCCCAUAUGGAUUUUGCAUUUCAGCAUAAACGUUUUUUAAAUGUGUAUUUGCCAGUGAAAGAAAAAUGUUACAGCAAAAUCUGCCCUUGGGGAGAUCAGUCCAGCUGUGUUGCAUUACAAAAUGGCGGUGGUGGAUCAUAACUGAUUGCAGCCUAUCAUAUGGCUGGUUUUGCACCUGUAGAACAGUAUGACUACUUUUUCUCGGGGUCACUUGCUUGAAAGAAACAAGAGAUGUUUUACAAUGUCCUUGUUAAUCGUCUUUUCCCCCAUGAAAGUUACUAUCCUGGCCCUUGAGGGAACUUCAGGCAAGGAAUAUAUUCUGCAAACAAGGAAUAUAUUCCAUCCAAGGCUACAAGGUAUGGUUUUGACUUCGUUUUAUAGAUGAGGGAAACAGAGGCAUGAAGCUGUGGAUACUUCAACCUUCCUAUGGAACAUAUAAUAGGGUAUUUUCACUCUGUCCUAUAGCCAGUGAAGCAUAGAGGGGAGGGUUAAAUGUCUCUGUGACUUGGGCUGUAGUGGCACUUAAAAAAAAACAAAAAACAGAGGAAGCUGAUACUCUUGGGAAUGUAAUGUAAUUUAAUUUUGGCUCUGCUUUCCCAGAACUAUCAAUGAUCAUUAGAUGAUCAAGUAAUCUUCCACUGUUCCUCACAGUAGGUUUUCGGCUCUGAUAAGAAUGUGGAAGGCUGGAUGUCUCUGUCAGUUACACAGCAUUGCGGUGAUGUGGACUAUAUCAAGCAGCACAUAGCACUUGAAAGCAUUAAUUCUUAACUGUUGAUGUGUUGCUGUGAACUGUUUCCUUCUCCCCCGAGCUACCUCCAAGCAUUUCUCCAUGGCGACUUAGCCUUUUAUAGGAUAGGUCUAUCUCCCAGCAUACUGGAUUUCCCAACUCAUAACUCUAAAAUGCUUUAUUUCAGAGUAGAAAGGACGCGCUAUAUGUGGCCUAUUAUAUCCAUAUCAGCUUGCUUAUCCUUUUCAAACAGCCAUUGUCUUUUAAUAGGGCUCUGCCUGGCAGGGGGAGUCCUUAAUUCCUGCUACAUAAGAAUGGCCAGCUUGAGUUACAGCAAGCUGUACUACGCUACUCUGAUCAAAAGGCCUCUGUUGUUUUUAAAAGUCUCUCCCUCUUUCUUUCUUUCUUUCUUUCUUUCUUUCUCUCUCUCCCUUUCUUUCUUUCUUUCUUUCCCUCUUUUGUUUUUAAACAUAGUGGCCCAAUAAUUCAACACAGCAAAAUCGUGCAAGCUCUGAUUUGAGAGAUUAGGGUAUUAAAUAACUGACCUACUUCGCUGUUGUACCUCCUGACCUGAAAUAGGGACAGCAAGAAAAAAGGAACUAAGAGAGGGUUGUAAUGGGCAACACUGUUGUCUGUAUCAUUUAAUUCUGAAAAAGGUCCUGUCCAUCCAGAAGCUAUAACUUUGUGAAAAAAUAGUAUAUCUCAAACUGGUGUGUGUUGGAUGCCAACAUGAGUGCCUUUGCAUGUUUUCUUGCCAAUAGGCUUAUAAACAUACAAGGAGAAGAGUUUCAAAUGUGUAGUGUGACUGUUAUCACCAAAAGGGAAGAGCAAAGUCAAGUACUGUAGCCUUGUUGCAGGAAUCCAUAAACAUGACUGGCGUCCACCAGUGACAAGGAUGUAUUUUGUUAACUUAGCAAAUGCAUUUGUGGGGAGUGUAAAGUGAGAGAUGGGCAGGGGGUUGUCUCCGAUCCCAUGCUGUGCUUCAGAGGUGCUCAGAAUCAAUGACUUUGGAGUGUCCCCAAAGCUCAGCGUGACUGCAGGAGCAGCCCUUUUCCCAGGCUUGGGGAACGGGUGGGAAGACUCCUCUCAGCAGUCAUUCUGAUCUUUGAGGACACUCCACAGCCACUCCUUCUGAGUACCUCCAAACAGGGGCAGCCUAAGGUGUUUCAGCACCUGAGGCCAAAUGCCCCACUGCCGGCUCCGCCAUUGGGCGGGGGGCAAACUCCAUAAGGGCUUGUGGAGUCUCUCCUGCUGGGCAGGGGCGGGCGGGUGGGCUAUCCUUUCCAGAUGCCCCCUUCUUGCCUGGUGGCAGGGCUUUGCCACACCACAUCACGCAGCGAUGGGGGAGAGGUGCCCCCUUACUGCCUGGCAGCUGGGCUUUGUACUGGCAGCAAAGCAGGGUGACGGAAUACCUCCCUUCUCAGCAACUCUGCAGGAGGGGAGGUGUUCUGCAGAGCUUUGCUUCUGGUCCCUCUCUGCACCUACAAGGAGAGGCGAGUGGUGGCCAAGCUGGGGGAUGGAAUGGGGGUGCUGUUUUCCUUUGGGGGGUGCCGCUUGAGUUGGCCGCCGCACUCUGCCUCAUGGGUGGGCCCUCCAAAGCCCAGUGCAAUAUUGGGAGAGUAGACCCCACUCCUUCCCCGAGAUGUGGGAGAGGAGAGUUGGUGGCGACUACGUAUUUUGAUGGGUUACUAAGGCCACCCAAAAGUUACUGAUCCUGUGAGCUGUUUCCUUGGGCUUGAGGCUGAUCGUUUAGACAUGUGGGGAAGACCUGGUAUAACAGUAUAGGGGCUGAGUAGAGGAUGAAGCAGCACCCUUGUUUUCCUCUUGAUCCUUAACUGAUGGUCGAAAAGUACAACCUGCUCCUAAGUCAAUGGAAAACGGCAUAUGUAGAGAAGUAAUUUAUUUAUUUUUACAUUAUCAAUUCCUGUUGCUAUGCGAAGCUUUGAGUAAGGCCCAGUGAUAUACAUAUGGUUAGGAGGUGUCUGAGAGCACUGCAUGACUGAGAACUUGUUAAUGGACACCACAAGAUACUCAUUUCACAGGAAAAAAUGGGUGAUGCUCAGGAUACCCCCUUCAAACAACAAGUGAAAGCAGCACGCGAACACCCCAGAAGAAAUAAAAUGCAAACAAACCAAGCAGACAGGAAACCCCUCAAACCAAAGCAAAAACAGUCAUGAAACCCACACACUCCCAAAAAAUGGAAUUUAAGGAAGCCUUGGUGGACAGCCAGGGGAGUGUCUGGGUUUGCUAUGGUGUCUGUGGCUGCCGCGUUAGGGAUGCUAGCUUUAUUCCUAUGGAGAGAAGUGUGCAAAUUCUGGUUUGACUUUUGUGGAGCUAGUGAAGGCAAGGCCUCAAAGGACAGACAUUUUUGCUGAUGCCUGCAGUGCUGUUAAGGCCUUUUGCAAUUUCUGAAGUUAGUCUCCUCUCCCCGUUUCCUCUUCCCACCUCAGUCCCCUGCUUCUGUGAUGUGAAAGGCAACAGUUGCUAUUGAAGAAAUCCCUCCCCAAGCACACCCAUCCACUGCAGCUACACCAUUUGGACAGCUGAUGUGGCAGGCAGGAUGAAAGCACUCGCUGUGUGUGAUAGAAUGUGGAGGCUAUUUCUGUGCCAGCCAAUAAGUAAUAUAUGAUUAAGUAACCUUCAGCAUAAUGAAAUGUCCUGCAAAUCAGGGAGCCAUUUGCCAUUCCCUGUUGCUCCUUUGGUAAGGGGGAGGCAUCCCAUAAUCAAUUUGGUGCUUUGCUGUGGCAGCCAGAGGUGCCACCUGCUGGGGGAAGGCCUCGAGGGGUUCAUUCUGAAUACCUGUCCUUUCCAGGAAAAACCAGCUUCUUUCUGCCAUGCAUGUUUCUGCUCUGCUUAGAUUUCCAGCUGACAUGGGGCAAGUAGUGGUGUUGGUUGGCCUCUCUAUUCGGAUGUUUCCAUAGCAUCCCAGAACUUUUACAGCCUAUCAAAAAGUCCAAAGUCUGCACCCCUCCCCCCGUGCCUUGCUCAAAUGAAAGUUUCAAAACCCUGGCAGGCUGCCUCAAUGUAAUUACCCAGAAGACAGUGCUCUAUUGAGCUCUCGCUCUGUGUUCAUAGAAGCAGCACCUGAGUACCAGCAUUCCCAACACAUCCUUCUCAGAGAGCUUUGGGGCUUUGCUACUUCCUUGUCCUCUGCUCUGUCUUAUUCAUGUGUACAUACAUGCCCAUCCCACAAGCAUAGAGCAAGUAUGCUGCAAGGCACGUCUUUCCCAGUCCUGGCAUCCUAGGAAGAUUCCUGUCUGCUUUGGCUUCGGUGGGGCAUGUAAAGGCAAGGUCUCUAAGUACAGGCGUUUUUUUUGUUUCAAAUGGACAUUUCUGUGAUGUGAAAGGCAACUAUUGCUACUGAAGGGAUUGCCCAUCAACCCAGCAAAACCUCUGAGUGAAAUGCAUGUGCUCGAAGUCUAUUAGAGUACUAAUGAGGGCUUUAGUUUUAAUUGCCGCUGCAAGUAGACAAGUCAGGAACUGUGUCCAUGGUAACCUUCAGCUUAGUGUGCUAAUUUUCCUGUCUCCCCUGAGUGGUUUUGAGGAGGACCAAGCAGCAUGGGGCAAGGAAGAUCUGACAACUAAGCAGUGCCUGUCAUUCUUUUUAAGGGUCACACCUGUAGGCACAAUACCUAUAGACUAAAGGAAGAAAUUUGUUCUAUUUAAAGGCAAUUCUUCCCUAACCUCCCCCACCCAAUACUAAUAUUGAGUUUUGAACUGAAAUACACAACCAGUUUAUAGGUUUCAGCAUUGCUUCAAACGUAAAACAAUUCUGAUGGGGAAUUUUUUUUAUUAAAAGUUUUCAACAUAAAAUAUGACAAAAGCCAAGCUAAUACAGUGGUUCCUCGGUUUAAGAACAGCCCUUUUUAUGAACUGUUUGGUUUUCAAACUCCGCAAAACCGGAAGUAGUGUCCCGGUUUGCAAACUUUACCUUUGUCUACGAAUGGAAUCCAAAAGGUGGAAGGGCACCAGCGGUGGGAGGCCUCAUUAGGGAACGCACGCCUCAGUUUAAGAAGGGUUUUUGUUUAAGAAUGGACUUCCGGAACGGAUUAAGUUUUUAAACCGAGGUACCACUGUAUAAAGAAAGAGGAUAAAAAAAAACAAGAAUAAGAAAAGAAAAAAAUAGAGAAGUGAAGGGACAAGAAAUGCAGAAUAAAUAAGCACAAUUAUAGCACACCCCUUUUUCCACACACAGAAAAGUGAACCCUCCCAGCUCUCACCUGGGAGUUUCUCCUUCUUCUCCCAGCCUCGCACCCUGCAGAGCCCUUCAUCUUCCAUCUAUUAUCACCUUCCUGUGUGUAUCUUCAUUAAUCCAAAAUAGGGGACUUCAAAAAUCAACAGCAGUAAAACCUGAGUUAGAAAUCAUAAAGAAAUAAGAUAUGAAAAAUCUAAAUUAAAGAAAGAGAAGAAAAGAAAAGAAAAGAAAAGAAAAGAAGGAGGAGCUUCCAAUUCUCUGUCUGCCAAUUAUAAUAAUAAUUAUUAUUCAAAAUAUUCAAAGCAUGCACUGCAGGGAACGUCUAGCUAUGUUAUAUAGCUGCUUCUCAAUCUGCUAGGUGUUGCUUUCUCAAUCUUUUAUCCCAGGCAUCUCCGAUUCACCUUCUUCCACUCAAAAAGUCCAAAAGUAGCUCUUGAAUUAUUAUUAUUAUUAUUAUUAAAUGUCCAGAAUGGUCCUUUUCCAGUCCAAUGUGAUGAAUUUCUCUCCCGAGUAUUCCAGCAGAUCUUAUAGGGAAUUUCUAUGUUUCUGUGUUGAAAAUAACGUAUAACUUGCGUGUUGAUCUUUUUAUUCAUACAUAGCAUGCUUUUUCUGUGGGGAUUUUAUGCUUUCCAUGUGAAAAAAAUGGGCUGAAGUUCACCUAGCAGGAUCUGGGAGUUCUGCUGGCAUGAUCUUUCCUCCCAAGAAACUCAUCUGAUAAAUCUGAGGAUAAUUUGAAAGUGGUGACUAAACAAAAGGAAGACAUGGCAUGGCCAGCUUCCUACUUUGGAGGGUGGUUCACAAAACAUGCUGGAAUCAUCUUUAGACUACAACCUCUUCACCAAGUCCUCACUUAUCGGCCACUAGUUCUAAAAUGGUGUACUAGAAUACUUCAGGCCUUUAACUAGCCCAUGGAAAACCAAGACUUGGCUCUUGUGCCUUCUCCCCUGUAAUUCUCUUUCAGCCAUGUUCCAUCCAUUUUGUACUCCCGAGACAUCCUAAUACUGCACAGUAAACAACAACCAGUAGUAUAGGCAGUUGGGCUAGGAAAACAGUUUCCCCCCUGAUCCGUCCAGAACAUGGUAUUUAGCUGCUUGCCACAAAGGCAAGAUGACCUCUAAACAUUCUUUUUGGGGUUUUGGUGUCCAAAAUAAAAAUAAACUGAAUGAGGAGUACCAGUCUUUGGCCUUUCACACCACACAUUGGCUUGGCAUGGCCACAAUGCCAAACUAUGCUUUAUCAUCAUAAGCCAAAGAUUCAUGUGCAUGAAUUCUUCCCUCCCUUCUCCUCCCUCCAAUACAGCUGUCCGAAAAUCGGAACACAUUCACUUCCAUUUUCAGUUAACCUCACUGAACUGUUACAUCUGAAUCUGAAAUGGUGGAUAAUCUUAAUUAUGGUUUAGGUAAACAAGCAAACUUCAUGAAUUAUUGUUUAAUUUCCUCCAAAAACAUAUUUGAGAUUAACCACAGUUUGUCUUGAUUUGGGAAUAAUUGUAUACAGCAGCAAUGAUGUAAGUCAAGGUUUGUUCUUUGCUUACUGACCAUGCUUAGUUUUAGCAAAACAAACCAAAUCUUUGUUUCAGAUGUACUUCUGAGCCCUGGAAUCAUGUUUUGUGGCUCCUCCUUGUACUAGGGGAAGAGUGAAUCUCUGCAUUCUCUGUUAACCAUUAACUAUGGUCCACCAUGAAAUGCAAACUGGGUCAUUGUCUAUGCACUACAUGCACAGUUAAAGGCAGGGUGGUGGAUGAACAGUCAUUUUUAUUUUAUUUUAAUAAUAUGUGUUAUGACAGCUCCUUUAACAGAUGCUUUGGAGCUCUGCAACACUUAGAUUAUAACACCUAGAUUAUAAUAAAUUAAAAUAGUAAUCUUGAGAUCAUCUGAUGUCAAAGUAACAUUAUAGCUAUAUAUUUUUAAAUACAGAGCUAUAGCACUCUGUGAUUAAACAAUUUUCAUGCUUCUGGAACCUGAUCCAAAGUUAGCAAAAUAAUUUUGAGCUUUUUGUUGACUUUACUGGGCUUUGAAUCAGGCCUUUGGGGCAUUGUAGUAUGAUUUUGGUUGUCUCUUUAUCUUGUCAUCUUCCACCAUGUAACAACUCAUGUCUUCCUCUGAUUUGUGGAGCACCAACAGUACCUGAUAAUUAUAAAAGAAUUCAUAAUCGUCCAGCAGCAGUUGCCUAAAAAUAACAAGUUGUUGAAAGGGUGGGGGAAUCAAAAUCUAGUUGUAUCUUGAAGAAAACUUGCUGUUGCUUUAGUGCAUUAUUGGACCACUGGGCAGCAUUUUUAAUGCAUUAAAAAUAGUGCUAACCUAGUGUCUGUAUGCAUUGGUAGCUAAGUCUGUUCAUUAUAUCCAAAGAAAAAUGUUUAGCUUAGACUUUUUUUGUAAUCUUUUUUUGGAAAUUAAGUAACGUUUCAGAGAAUGCUUGAUAAGCUUAUUGGAAGUUACCUGGAGAGAGCCGGGCUUGUAACUAAGCAUUUAGGCAUUUUAAAUGGGUACUGUACUAUGAAAUGCUAAAGGACUAAAACAAUAUCCAGUUAGCCAAUAGAUUUUGGUUACUGUGAAGCAGCUACCUAUGGAGACGAUCUGCCCCCGCCAAGAAUAUGAAUCUUUCCACUAAUUCUCUCUCAGGAGAGUCACUAAGCUGCUGUCCUAGGGGGAAUGCUUUCAUGAUCUCUCUGGAGGAUUUGAAACAUUUGCCAAGCUUAAAAGAAGAACAGGGACACGCACAGAUGAAUCCACUUUUAGUGAAGGGACCUUUUAUUGUUCCUCUGUUUUUCAUUUUAUUUGUAUCAAUGUUUCUAUUUAAUUUGCACAUUGAACUUUAAUAGCAUCUUAGAAGGGCACUUUCAGACAUACAUGAAACUUGAUAUUGCUGACUUCUUAGAACCUUCUGAAAAGAAACAAAGAAGAUACCAAAAAAGCUUAUUAAAUGACAUUGCCCUGCAGUGUUCACAACUCCUAUAUAUUGAAGUUUUGUAAUAGAGCAAGAGACCUUGGAAGUAAAACUGUCAGGUUACCACAUGGCCCUUAUUUCAAAGAGUUCUCCUAACUCACAAACAUCACAGCUUUGCAGAACAUAACAGAUGUGCCUCAUUUUGGACAUUACAGUGCUAUACACAGAUAACCUUACUUCAAAGUAUCCUUUAUUUUGGAAAUUUUGAGCUGACGUCAGUCACAAAUUCAAGGACCCCAAGUCCUGCUCUCAGCCAGAUCUACUUCAAGGGACACUUUUGUUUAGUUCAUGCUUCUUACAAACCCGUUCACUAUCUUUCGCAACACAUAGUCUUUCACACUGACACCAUGCUCAGGGCUGCUCACCACCACCUUAACCCAAGCUUCUGAUUAACUCAGAGCAAAACAGAUAAUAUUUUAAGGGAGGGAAGAAUAUUUAUGAGGGGGAAAGAACAGAACAUACCAUCAGGCAUAUAAGAAAAUGCAGUAAUACUACAAACCCUUGCUAACUUAGCUAAAACCUUGCUAGAGGUGUAGAAUGUAAUUCACAGCAUGAUAAUUGACAUGAGUUCCAAAGAAGCAUAUUUAUUUGUUCUCAUUUAGACAGUCCUUUGUUCUCUGUCAGAGAGGAAGCAAGUUUUCCUGUUUCACAACAGUGCUGUACUGGAAUUGAUGCUACAGGUAGCAUCCACGUUACUAUGCUCUCAAAGCAAAACCCACACCCCUUUGUAUAAAUGAGCUUGUGAUCUCACUAACCGCAUGCUAAUCAAUCAAUCAAAAGCAUUUGGUUACAUUUUAAACUAGAGAAGAGGGUUAAAUUUAAUACGUAGAUUUUUCUCUCAGCUCGGAGUCAAGAGAAGAAUAGGUGAAAUACAGUGGUACCUCGGGUUACAAACACCUCAGGUUACAAACACUUUGGGUUACAGACUCCGCUAACCCGGAAGUAGUACCUUGGGUUAAGAACUUUACCUCAGGAUGAGAACAGAAAUCGUGCGGCGGCGCGACAGCAGUGGGAGGCCCCAUUUGCUAAAGUGGUACCUCGGUUUAAGAACGGUUUCAAGUUAAGAACGGACCUCCGGAACGAAUUAAGUUUGUAACCAGAGGUACCACUGUACUCAAGACUUCUGUAGUGGCCUGUCUGCCAAGAAGCACCACGCUGAAUGUGUCAGCUAAGAAAGUAUUUUUAUACGCAUUCCAGACCAAUGGUUGCUUGACAUUAAAGCUUAACUUUUUCCUCUUGCAGGUCUGACAUUAUGAAAAUGUCUUUGGUUACAGAGAAUAGCGUCAAUUUGGUCAAGAGGAAUUCCAGAAACCCAUCCAUUUUCUCCCCACCCAUCCAUUGAAGUCUUACACAGAGCUGCUAAUGAAAAGCAUUAGCCCUCUCUUUUUAGUCUUGCUACAGUUAUGCAGGGAUUCCAUGACAAAAGUUACACAAAAAGUUGUGUUUUUUUAAGUGUAUGUUACUUCUUGGAACAUGAUGCUGUAAGUACAGCUCAAAAUGAAUUAAACCAGUGAUAGAUAAUUCUGCUGGUGCCGUACUCAUGUCUAGCAUGUUCAGGGCAGGCCAUAUAUUUUCUUAGGGGCUGAUCUUUUGCUUAUGUAGUGAUAUAAUUUAUUUCAGGAACAUGGCUAAACAGCCUGUAUGUUGUUUGUGGAAAGGCCAGUUAUAUCACCACCACCCUGCUUCAAACUAUAAAAUCUGAAACUGACAUAAGUUGGGUUUGUUUGUUCCAGGGGUUUUUUGGGGGGCAGGUGGGGUACCUUCACUCUUAACGUAAAUGCACUGCCUUAAUUUUUGCCUUUAGGAUACUGAAUAUAGCAUUCAUACUGUGUGUUUUUUUUCAGUACUCAAAGCACUUCUCAUUUAUUAUCUCAUAUAAACUUGACAAGGGAUGAUACCUUGCUAAGACAUACCCAGAAUAGACCCAUGGAUUUCAGUGGAUCUUCUCUAACUAACAUUGGAAAUGGUUUUUUCUGCAAAUCUCAGAUUUACAAUUAUAGAACCAAAGACUGGAAGGGAUCCCAAAAGAACAUCUAGCCCAACCCCAGUCCUUAUAGCAAUAACGUGGGUUGGAAGUCACAACUUGUAUUACACAGGAAUGAUCCAAAAGUCUUGUCUAAAAAGAGGUAAACAUGCUCUUGCAAGUCAUUGGUAUUGGUCAAGUUUCUGUUGGCAAAAGUAAAUAUUUAUUGGAUGCUUUUGUUCUUCCUAGAGAUACCUAGCGAAUGAAUCUUUCGGAAAAAAUAUCUGAGGUUGUUUUCAGAUUAUCUUAUUAUUGAGCAUUUUUCCUUAUUACUUUGCACCAAGUUUGUUGGGAGGCUAGAUGAAAUGGGCUGUUUUUUGAACAUUCAUUCUGGGUACACAAUGUGGCAUGGAGCAAUUGUUAUCCCACACUUUCCAGUGCUUUCCCCAUCACUUUCCUUAUUGCAAAGGGUCCGAUUUUGAGGGGGAGAAGUUUGUUGUGAAAGGACACCAAAUCAGCUUUGAAUGCAGAAUUAUAAUCUGCCAGCAUGUUAUUAGUUCACACCUGAACAUUGUGACAGCCUGGACGUGCCCUGAGUUUAGGGCUCUCCAGCUUAUUGGAGGUCUGAAAUCUGCCAUACUAAUGUAAGCCUCCUUCUAGUGAGCAGUUGGAUGUCAGCUGUUUUGCGACUUUUUUUCUUUCAAAAACCUGUUGGUUUUGUAUAUGCUCUUUAAGUUGGGCACCUGACUUUUUUUUGCUAGCGUUAGCUUCCUGUUGGUAUGACUGACAAUCGUGUUUUUUAAUUUUCCCUCUGUAGCUUUAACAGCGUACGCCAAGGAACUCAUAUUUUGUUCCGAGAAUUCAACUUUGUUCAAGCUACACCCCAUAAUAGAGCAUCCUUUCUAAGAACCUUCUGGCGAUGCUUCAGAACCGUGGGGAAAAAUGGAGGUGAGUUUUCACUUUCUAUCUCUAACACUCUGUGUCUUGAGCAGAACUGAUGACUAGAAGUUUGUUGUCUAGACUCUUGUCUGAACUUCCCAUUCAUUUGCACAAUUGAUGAAUGUUCUCUUGCAGCUCUAGUGUUCUCUAAAAGUUUACAUAAAAGAAGGGCAGCUUCUCCAAAGAUAGAAUUUUUAGGAGGUGGCACUAGCGUAAUGGGGGAGUGUCAGGGGGGCCAUUGCCCUGGGCACACAAUGGGGUGUGUGAACCAGGCACCCCCUGCAGAGAUCCCUGUCACAUGGCUGAGUGAGUGCAGAGGGUGAAGCGCACCCUCUGCGCCCCUCCCCUGCCUGGCAUGUGAGCGCCUGUCCAUCAGUGGCGAAGGCUGGCUAAGGCGCUUCAUCCUCUGCUCGCCCAGCCCUUGACCCCGAUGAGCAGUCGGUCGGCGGCCAGCAGAGGAGAGUUGGCAGCGGCGUUGCCACCCCUCUCCUUGGCUGGUUGACACCGAGCAAGAAUGCUUCCAAGGCAGCAAUUUCAUGCCUGGUCAGGCUGGGUGCAGUGGGCUCCCUCUGGGCCCCGCCCACCUCAGGGGAGCACCCGUCGCGGGUGGCGGGAGAAUACCCUCUGCCACUGGGAUGUGGGCUUGCCGGUCAAAGGUGUCCUGUGCUAGAGAAAAUGAGACUUGGGUCUAUCAGUUUUAUAAUUUGCAUCAUUAGAAAUAGCUUGAGCACAUAUUUGUGUAUUAAAGUGAAAAACCAUAUUUAGUAGAAUUUUCCAUUAAACGCAUUACAUCUAGGCAGUCAAUAUAUUUUAGGUUGUAACCGUCUGACCUCUCCAAUUCCUUCAGAAUCCUUGCAGAAUUGUCUUCAAUGUUUGCUUUCAUUGUGAUUUUUUUCUUCUUACCAAGCUGUGUAAGUGGUGGCCAGCCAUCAUCUUGACAAUUUCUGCACAUGUUCAGCUGAUUGUUGUACCCCUAGAGCACAUUAGUGCUACCAUACUGAAUUAUGCCAUGCAGACCUUGAACAUAUUAUGCCAUUCCAGUAGACCUUAAGACUGCAGUGUUUAUUUAACACACCAUGGCUUGGCCUGAGGGUCCUUAUUGCUUAGAUAAGGGACAUAAAGAUGCAUAAAGGUACUUAAACUCUGUAUUUGGGAGAUUGUUGGGGUGUUUACAUAGAAAAGAAAAGAGACAUGUUUGUGAAAAGGACUCAAUACUAUUGCAUCCAGCACUGUACAAAAGUAUUUUUUGUCUUUUUUAUUUUUUAAAAAAACCUAAAUGGAAGAAAUGCUCAAACUUACUUUUUCUGUGACUUUUUUUUACUUGGUUUGACUUUUACAGGCAUUUUGUCUUUGCUCAGGCAAUUCAAAACACAUAAUCAUUAGCAGCUUAUGCUAAUUACCACUUUAUCCAUCCAUUGUAUCUGUAGUAGACUGGGUUUUCUCUGUUGUUCCAACCAAGAUGAUUUAGUUUAGUCAGUGUAUACUCCAGCUUUUAAAAUCUAGUUCCCGUUAGGAUGCUUUUAAAGCUUGGUUACUUGUUUAUAAUUUUUUAACAACCAAAAUUUGGGGUUUGAAAUUUUCUUACUGGGAUACUGGUUUGGUUUUUCUGGGAGACAGGAAUUGUUUUGCCUUUCAAUGGCUGGAGUGAUAAUUCCAGAUGUCCUGUGGUACAUCAUAAAAUAUAGUCACAGGAAACAUGAGCUUCAGUGAUGUAAUGCAAAGUACAUAUGAAAUCCUCAAAUUGCUCUGCUGGUUCACAUCUCUUCAUUUCAUUGAGAUGUAAGCUAGCUGAGAGGCACAAAAUCAGUACUGGAAGGGACUGGAAACUAACCACAGUUUGCUUAUUGACCCAGCAGGUUUAUCUACAUUAUCAGCCUCUCAUGGAUUAGCACACAUUCCGAUACAUUGGGGGAUUCUGUUAUGAAUCUACAAGAGGCAGACACUCUUGGAGUGGAGAAAUUAAGGAACAAACAGUUGAAAUAUUUAAGUUAUACUGGCUAGUAAAAUUCACAAUCUUCUGUUUCUAAUUUGAACACUUCAGGAAGUGCAGUUUUACAUCUUCCUUGCAAAAUAUGUAAGUGGGGAGACUGAGGAAGAAAUAUAGUUUUCUGUUCUCAGGAAAUGGUUGGAAUAGUGCUUAUACACGUCAGUUUUUAUUCCAUUGCUGUGGCAUGCGCCUAUGUAAAAGCCAGUUCCUGGUUACUGCUGCACUGUAUAGUCACACUUGAGCAUGCCCAAGAAACAACACGGAUAGGUUUGUGUAGCUGCACCCUAGUGCUAAUUCUAAGUGCACUCUUUUGUGUCUUCUGUGGAUGUAAAUAGCUGUCAGUCUGUUGGAGAAAAUCAGACUACUCUUUUGGGGACAAGUGUGUGUGUGUGUGUGUGUGUGUGUGUGUGUGUGUGUUUAGGGGCAAACCUGUUCCCUACCCCUGAAUCUGAAUAGUGUGACUUCCGUCACCAACUGGAGGCUGCAGUAUGUCUCUGUGCAAAGUGCCCUUCCAAGUGAUCCCUGCAAUAUAUGGGCCUUCCGUUUAUAUACUUGCAUCUUGUACACCAUAACCAUAGACAUUUUGCUCAAAUGAAAUAAAGCGCAAGCAGAAGGACUGCAUAAAUGGGGCAGGAGUACCUAGGAAUAAUAAUUUAUUAUUUGUACCCCGCCCAUCUGGCUGGGCUUCCCCAGCCACUCUGGGCGGCUUCCAACAAAGAUUAAAAAUACAUUAAAAUGUCACACAUUAAAAACUUCCCUGAACAGGGCUGCCUUCAGAUGUCUUCUAAAUAAUAACCCAGAAGGUGGUUCUGUUUUUAAUCAUGAAUCAU